GUCAAGGUGAGGCGUCCAUGCGCUCGAGAGGGGGGGGAGGAGGUCACGUGACGAGGGGGGGCUGGGGGGUGAGAGGUCAGGCGGCCAUCUUGUGCAGGGCCCGGGGCCCACCACGGACAGACAUGGCGUCGUUUACCGAGCCGGCCCUGGAGAAGAAGCUGUCGGAGCUCAGUAACUCGCAGCAGAGCGUGCAGACCCUGUCCCUGUGGCUGAUCCACCACCGGAAGCACGCGGCGAACAUCGUGAGCGUCUGGCACCGGGAGCUGCGGAGAGGUACAUAGGGCAUGGGCAUUCAUUCCAAGCACUGAGCAGAACGGGACUACAUUUCCCGUGAUGCUCAGCCUGCUGUGUGGGUUGCAGAGCAUCAUGGGAGAUGUAGUCCACAACCAAUUGAGUACCAGUGUGAUUUAUUUGUAUAAUUUUUUUUUAAUUUUUUUUUUUUUUACAAACUUGACAGAGCUAUUCACUAAGGUGUUAAUUGGUCGGGUUCUCAACGUGAAUCUCUAUUUUUAAAAUAAUAAAAAAAAAAAAAUAUUUUGGAGGGAGAAUUACCCUUUUUUAUUUAAAUAGCUGAAUUUGAAUUUUUUUUUUUUUUUCCAGUUCAACUAUUUUAGCUUAAAAAGUUUUGAGUUCACUUUUAAUUCUUGAUUCUAAUGAAUAACACUGUGUGGGUUCUAGUUGCUGGUAAUGCAGACACAUGUGCUGGCUUCAUCUGACCGGUUUUUAUUUUUAUUGCCUCCAAAACCAGCACUCAGUAGGAACAAUAUUGUAUGAACUCCCAGGUAAUAUUUCUUUAUCAGCCACCAGAUAUGGGUCAAAAUCUAUCCUAUCACCCAGCCCUUCAAUUUAAAUAUAGUUUGUUUGUAAAUCUGUUAUACGCCUGGCUUGCUAAAGAAUCCUUCAUAAAUUCUAUUCUGUUUUUUGUAUUAUAUUUAUGUAUUUUUUGUUUGGAAGGGAUAUGUACCGUUUAUUAUAGGUGCAGCUCUAGAUAUAUUAUGCAGGGGAAUUACGUUUUCCCGCCCAAUAACUGUUGCUGUUGGCACCUAGUAACAUUCUUGUCUGUUUACUAAAUGAGGAAUAGUGCAUAACGCAAACGAUAACUGCAAAUAUUAGACCAAAAUAACUUGCAGGUUUGUCAAGUGACACAAUGUCAUAACUAAAUCUCGCGUCCCAAUCGUCUGACAGAGGCAUUCUGUUAGACAAGAUCAGGAAGACCAAAUAAAAAAAUCAAUAAAAAUUAUGCGACAACACAACCCAUAUAUGAGUGCGUCAUCAGUGCACAGUGUAUGUGCAAGCCUGUCUUUCUAGCACAUGUUUGGUAAUCACAGAUCUUCUAAACUUGACGUUCGAAACGAACUUUAAAAAAUUCUCCCGCUCACUUAUUUUUCCAGCCUGUCUAAUUUGGUGUCUCAGGUUGUGAAUAUAUUCCAGAAAGCUUGAGUUUUGUCUGCAAUGUUAAUAACACCUUUGAUGUACUGACCCACUUUGGGUAAAACACCUUAAAGUAUUGACAUUUUGACAGUUGAAUUGUAACUUUCAUGAGCUGUGGUUAUGGUAUCAUAUGAGUUGACUAAUUUUGAAAGACUGAUUCACAAAUAAAUUACCAGUGUUCCAAACAAAGAAUAUCAAUUUCUACCAUUGUAUAGUGUCCUCGUAAUUAAAGAGACACUCUAGGUUAAUAACCAGUAUAGAUAAUACAUUAAAAUAAAUGCAAAACAAUCCAUAAGAGACACUCAUGUUUGACGUUCAUGCAUUUCAAGCAACCCCAAAUAAUUUCAGUACAGUCUUUAGCGAUGUCUUAUCUUGUUCAUGAAGUUGAGUCAUCUCUUAAUCCUGGAUCUGGUGGUCCAUUUAGAUAAUGCACAACAUAUUUAUUGGGGAAAGAAAAUGAAAGGUAAAAAUUAAAUAAAAGUUUUACAUAUCGUAAAAAGUAUUUCUUGGUGCAUUGCUUAAAGGAACGCUAUUGUGUCAGGAAUAGAAAUGUGUAUAGUAAUAAAACACUAUUUAGGGUCCAGGCCCUCCACUCAAAAAGGGUUAAAUCUUACCUUUAUUCCAACGCUGCAAGGAUCUGCCGGCAUUUGCUUCACCCUUGCCCCGCCUCCUUGGCUGAGGUGAUCAGGAUUGACUAUUUUAGCCAAUGGCUGAGAUUGUCAAUUCUGAUAAUAUUUGCCAAGAAGGUGUGUCAGCAUCUCCUUAUAGAGAUGCGUUGAGUCAAUGCAUCUCUAUGGGGAAAGUACAACAGUGUUUAGAUAAAAAAAAAAAAAGCCUACAGGUACAGGCUAUAGACACCACUAAGCUGUAGUAUUUCUGGUGACUAUAGUGUCUCUUAAAUGCAUGUGGACACCUUUCACGCCAAAAUGAGUUGCUCCGGUCAGGAACAUUUUAUUCUGUUCUGUUGGGACUGGACUAAUCCCAUUAACAUUUUUCUAGCAGUUUGAGAUAUGUAGUUUAUCCCUUACCCAUGGUUCCAGUCAUUACACUGAAUGUUUAAUAAACUGAUAAUUGUUGUAGAAUGGCUAUCUGUUUAUACCAAGCUCUGCUUGGCUGGAAGGAGAACCAUCCUUAUUGGAACUAAACUAAUACAUGUCAGCCUGGAAAAUAAUAUUUUGGACUGUCUGCCGGCCUUCCUCCCUUUCAAUUAUCCCGCAUCUAGAAACACCAGGGAACUUUACCUGGGCAGCACAGUGCGAGCGCAUCAUUUCAUGCACUCGCGUUGUGAAGCAUGCACUAGGCACUUUAGCAGCGCUCUCUGAAUGGUCCUAAAGUCUGGGAGCAGACUCUCAGUCCCUCUUUUCUGGUCAGAGAGUGGUUUUCCUGGCACUGUUGCUCCCUAUAAUGCCUAGUAAGUCUCCCCUUUUGUGACUUACAUGAGUCCAGCGUCAAUGUCCCUCUGUGCUGGCUCGGGCUCUGCCUCCGCUCCUAGGGAGACCUAAUGUGCAUGACCACGCUCGCAUUAGGUUUUCUAAUGCGGAGCGCGAGGCUGUUCAGCGUCGCCUAACGAUCCGGAAGUCCCUCUAGUGGCUGUCUGAUAGACAGCCACUAGAGUUGGCGUUAACCCGGAGUAGUAAUUUAUUGAAUUUUCUCAAUAACUACAAUAAUUACUAUUGCAGGGAUAAGGGACCUGGGACUAUGCACCCAGACCACUUCAUUGAGCUGAAGUGGUCUGAAUGCCUCUAGUGUCCCUUUAAAGAAUCUGUGGCCAACCGUUACUAGAAAUGGUCAUAUAUUACAUUUUAUAAAUGCUGUGUAGUAAAAUAAAUGCAUUUUUUUUUGUUUUGUUUUUUGUAAUCCUGUUUGUUUUUGUUUUUUUGGUUUUUUAAACUGCACACUGUCAAAUUUCCAUUGGCAGUGGGACCUCUACGUUCUGAAACCUUUAGUGUGCUAUUUCUAAAUGCAUUAAAGCAGUACCUUUACAUUAAUCAAAUAACUUGUAGGUCUGGGCCGUUCAGCAGGUAGAUUUCAAACUGUAGCUGACUUAACAAAAUACCUAUUGAUGUUCAGCAGUCAUCCUAAAUGAGAAGGAUUGUAUGAGACUGUCUGAACCAUCUCUUAUCUAUGGAAUUCUCAAUUGAUCAAAAGUUGGCAGCUCUAAAACAGACUGCAUUUCACUUUUUUUUUUUUUUUUUUUUUUAAAGUAAACUUGCAAGUCUUUAUAAUAUAUUGAUUCAUUUAACAGGUUACCCUCACUUUUAAAUAUUAUGUUUCUUUAUCCUCUAAAAAUAAUAAUGUAUUUGUGAGGUGUGAAAAAUUAAAAAUGCAGAAAUCCACAUCUCUUUAUUCUUCAACUGGGCACCUCCAUGUUAGCUCCCUGUCAAUCCUUGUUAUACAAUGUCCCUUGUACCUGGCAGUCAGCAUAGUGAAAGCAUACAGAAAAGAGGAGAAAUUAAACAAUGUUUCUACUUCUUCUCCUUAAAGGAGCACUAUAGUGCCAUGAAAACAAACUCAUUUUCCUGGCACUAAUAGGGUCAUUAGGUCGCCCCCUUCCCGCUGGGCUGAAGGGGUUAAAACCCCUUUAGCCACUUACCUUUCUCCAGCGCCGGGCUCCCUCUGUGCUGGGGAACUCUCCACCCCCUGCCGAAUUCAGAUCCGAAUGCGCGGCAAGAGCCGCGCACGCAUUCAGACCGCCCACAGGAAAGCAUUACUUAAUGCUUUCCUAUAGACGUCCAGCGUCUUCUCACUGUGAAACAGCCACUAGAGGCUGGAUUAACCCUCAGUGAAACAUAGCAGUUUCUCUGAAACUGCUAUGUUUUCAGCUGCAGGGUUAAAACUAGAGGGACCUGGCACCCAGAUCACUUCAUUGAGUUGAAGUGGUCUGGGUGCCUAUAGUGGUCCUUUAACUGCGAUGUGUGCUUUAGCUGUGUCUGGGGAAAAAACUGACAGAAAUGAUUAAUGUAGUUGUUUUGGUUUCUAGAGCCUGUCCCUGCAGACUUUUCAAUGUAAACACUGCCUAGUAACCCCAGCAAUCACUCAGACAGCCACUUUUGGCGCUUCCUGGGUCAGUGCUGCACCGUGUGCAGCACUUACAUUCUGCGUCUCUGCAUGGGGACGCUGAACGUUCCCCAUAGAGAUUAAUUGAUUUAAUGCAUCUCUAUGAGCAGAUACUGAUUGGUCGCAUCACAGCGUUUUGAUGCGCAUGUACUGUAGCCUCCCAAUGCUUUGCUAUGGGAAGGCUUUGGAUUGGCUGAAAUAAUCACAUUUGGUGAUCUAAGCUAUGGAGGCCGGACAAGGUGGGGGAAAGCCAGGGCGAGACCGGCGCUGCGUUGGGGGGAGGGGGGGGAGGGAAGGGAGGCGGCAAGUAACAUACUUUUUUUAAGAGGGGCUGAGAACUUGAAUUAGGACUUUAACAAUGUACAUGUUUGUAUUCAUCACACUAUAGUGUUCCUUUAAUUUGCUAAAUUUUAAUAAUAAUAAUAAUAAUAAUAAUAGUUUAAGAGCUGUAUACAAGUUGCUGAACCUAACCAGCCAAAUAUUUUAUUUAUUUAUUUUGAAGUUUGGAAGAAAAUGCUAAGGAUUAAUACAGACUUCCCUAUAUCUCUGCAGAUUGCGCAGUCAGGCGCCUUUGACGUGUGGCAAUUACAUUGAGAUUGCUGGGACAUUUCUAAAUAAAGAUUUUCCUUAAGCUCGGUACUCCGAUGCAGGAGCAUGAAACCUGUAUUUUAUUUUUUUUCUCCAGCUCCUUAAUAACAUUCUCACACAUGCUUCAGGUCAUUCUCAUCAAACUGAAGUCUUGACAUUUAAUCGAUCUUGCUUGGAGAAAUCACACUCUUCAGCCUAAUCUUAUUAAAAAAAGCAAAACAAAUAUCGAUAGCUUACAUAGGUGCUCCAAAAUGACCAACUUACUGACAUUGUUCUGGUAUGUUGCUCAACGUAUAAACCUGUGCAACAGCUGUGCUGUAAUAAAUACUGUAUGUAAAUGUUGUUGGUGAGUAUAAUAGCUCCCUUCAGGCUUUUUUCAUGUAAACUGAGAAAAGCAGUGUUUACAUUGCCCCUAGGGACAUCUCCAAGUGGCCACUCCUUAGAUGACCACUGGAGGUGCUUCCUGGGUCAGUGCUGCCAAAAAAGCAGCACUAACGUUCAGCGUCCCCACGCUCUGCAUGUAGAUGCUGAAUUUUCCUCAUAGAGAUGCAUUGAUUCAAUGCAUCUCUAUGUUGAGGUCCUGAUUGGCCAAAAUGGCAUUUGUGGGAAAGCAUUGGAUUGGCUAAAAAUCAGCAAUUUUGAUGAUGUCACAAAGGGGCGGAGCCAGCGCAUGCUGACUUACGCGUCGUUGUAAAUAAGGUUAGUUUUAUACUUUUAUAAAGAGGUUAAGGUGGGGAAAGCAACCAAAAUGGUGGGUUUAGCACUAUAGGGUCAGGAAUGUUUUGUUCCUGACCCUAUAGUGUUCCUUUAAGCUGUAGUUGUAGUUGUUCUGGUGACUAGUGUCCCUUUACACAACUGGUAAAGAGAAUGUUUUAGUUCUCGGACAGCUAGGGAUCUACUUAUUUGGCCACUCUUGCUUUGAAUAUUCUAAAGUUUACUUGAUAAAGCCCAUUUUACCUCCGCAAAACAGAGGGUAAUUAUGUUGUGAUGUAUUGUAAAUAGGUGGCCAUUUUGUGUCACAGGUAAUUUUCAAACGAUAUACACUUCAAAUAAAGCUCUCGAAAAAAGUAAAAUGGCCACCAUUUACCAUGAAGCUAUAUUACCCAGCUUCAGCAAUGGACGCUGCUUUUAUGCAGCUUCAAUUUUCCUUUCUGGUUUGUCUUUUCCAUUCCCAACUACAUGCCCUGCAUUUAUAUCUCCCAUUUUUGGGGAAAGGAUAUCAACCAUAUAGUUUUUUUUUUUUUUUUUUCUGCUGCCACUUCAGUUGCAAAUAUAACAAUUUCAUUGUGAAUUCAUGCUCUGGUCUUGCUGUAUUAAGAUAGUUGACCUUCAUAAGCUACACAUCUUUAACUUGUCUGUUAAUUUAGAGCCCUAUAGACUGUGACGGUGUAUUUGACUCCUGAUUACUUAAGUCAGUGAUUGCCAACAAUAUGGGAAUAAAAAGUCACAAGACAUGGUAGCCAGUUUGAGCAUGAACAAGAAUGUUGUGGUGGCCAUUCUUUUCGUGAUGAAAUUUGUAAAAUAAUAUAAUAUACUUUUGUGUAAUAAUUUGCUCUGUCUAUUUAUAUUGUGCUUAAAGCUUUUUUUAUUUUUUCAUUUUUUUAUUUUUGUUUUUAAAAUCUUUUUGUUUUAUUGUACCUGCUGUUCUGCUUGAUGGUUUGUGAAGAGCAAAAAGUUCAGCAGUCUUAAAAAAAAAAAUGAAAAGAAAUUACAAAACUCUUAUCAUCCUGCUUUUCAUUUGAUGGUGAAUUGGGUUUCAGUGUUGCAGCCUAAUUUGUCCCACCCUCAGUCUUAUCUAAAGUCAAACACAGAUGUUUAUGCAAGCAUGCGUUUAUCUGUACGUCCAUGCUAGAUUCGACAUUUCAGAACACUUUACAUGCAAUUUAUAUAGAAACACGAUGGCUUAUCCUGAUAGUGCAGAUGUUUGUCAAGUACAUCUCACCCCCAUAGCUCUUGUAUACUAUACUAUAUAGCAUUUAUGUUUGGUGACUCGAAUACUGAGCUGCUAUUAUUAAAGGACCACUAUAGUGCCAUGAAAACAUACUCGUUUUUCCUGGCACUAUAGUGCCCUGAGGGUGCCCCCACCCUCAGGAUCCCACUCCCGCCGGGCUCUGGGGAGAGGAAGGGGUUAAACUUACCUCUUUCUCCAGAGCCGGGUGGGGAGCUCUCCUCCUCUUCGGCUGAAUGCGCAUGCGCGGCAGGAGCUGCGCGCGCAUUCAGCCAGUCUCAUAGGAAAGCAUUCAUAAUGCUUUCCUAUGGACGCUUGUGUCUUCUCACUGUGAUUUUCACAGUGAGAAGCACGCAGACGCCUCUAGCGGCUGUCAAUGAAACAGCCACUAGAGGCUUUAGAGGCUGGAUUAACCCUAAUAUAAACAUAGCAGUUUCUCUGAAACUGCUAUGUUUAUUAAAAAAAGGGUUAACCCUAGCUGGACCUGGCACCCAGACCACUUCAUUAAUCUGAAGUUGUCUGGGUGCCUAUAGUGGUCCUUUAAGAUGUUAGUAUGUCAGGGACAUAAUUUAAAGGAACAGGUAAAAUUCCAUAGGGUUUAUUUAAAAAAAAAAAAAAAUAAAUAUUUUUUUUUGUAUGUAUCCUUUCAAAGUAAGGAUCUAUAGAUGCCAAAUGCAAAUGAUGAUGCAGUUAUAUAAGAAGUUAUAUAAUGACUUGACUUAAUGGCAAAUUGUCAUCGUACUGGAUAAAAAUUUCACAGUACAGUUGUCUUAUUGAAACCUGGUGGCACUUCUCACAUUAUAGUUAUUAAAAUGUAUUUUUAUAUUAGCUGUUUUUACAGAAAGCUUAUUAGAAAUGUGAUUGACAGACUGUCCUAUACGUUGGGUGUCUACAGGAAUGGGAUGCUGGUGGUACACAAGGGAUUGGGAAUGCAGGCCAGGAACUGAGUGUUAUGGGUACAAAUUUGACGAUUCUGUCUGCUUGACAUGUGGUCUCUCCGGAACGAAGGUGGAUACCAGUCAGAUAUAUUGUAAGCAGUGAUCCAAGUGACUUUUUGGAACUUGUUGAAGAUUAAACUGGAAAUUGCAAAGUGAUGAUGGUGGGAAGUCUAUUGACGUUAUCUGCUCUAGAGGGGUAUUCUAAUGUCAUCCCAUACAGUUCUGCAGAAUUUGUUGGUGUUUUAUAAAUAAUAAUACAUUGUCUGUUCAGUGGCAUUUAUAUAGUUAUUGUACACAACUUUAUGGGUAUACCUCCUCUCAGAGAUUUUUUUUAUUUUUUAUAAUUCUUUAUUUUUCUUGUGCAUUUGGAUACAUACAUGCUUGCAGUGCCACAACAGCUACUGUGAGCAAUAUCAAAACUUUCAGUGGCAUAUCUGAGGAGUUGCACAUUUAAUAUUUAUAGAGUAUAACAUGCUAACAAUCGCUAAGUUAACUACACGCAAUGAGUACACAUGUUGUAGCUGGGUAAUACUAAUAGCCGUUGAGUGGCCAAUAUGUACUAAAAAUACGCUCCUGAUAAUAGCUAUGGAGAGGUCUUAUGAUACCUGGCGUGUGUCUAGCUAGUUGGAGUUGUCUGCUCCGUUAGGAUGUGUGCUAUGGGGUAAAUCCGCCUAUGUUUCAAUCAGCUGUUCCUAGAGGUGUUGAGCUCAGUGGUGCAGUGUAUCGCUCUACGGUGUUCUCUUCCCUCUGUGUUUGUGAGGUAUUGCUAUAGCUUGGGAGGUAUCUAGGUGCUGGGUGUGCCGUAACCCCAUCUGUCUGCCGUUUAGGGUGAUGUACCAUCUUGUUUCCGCUUAGGGCAGAUGGGGGUGGGGGGAGUGGGGUAAGUAGCCUGACUGGGAGCAUUCUUAUGUGAGUCUUCCCGGUAAGGAGCUAGUAACAUUUAAGGUACAUGAACUAUUAGAUUCAUAACGGUAGGUAAAAAGAAGUAUAAAUUAACAAGUUAGGCAAAAUUGCUAAGUAGUGUAAAGAGUCACAAGGAGUUAGUUCAAACAGUCCCGGCCAAUAGUUUGUUGCGGCUUGUCAGCCGGGGAGCCGAGUCCGGACCUUCGCAGAACGAAAUUUUUCACCCUUUCCGGGUUCCACCUGUGCUGUGGUUUGGAGGUUGUCGUGGGACAUAUGGCAUCUAAAGGUAGUCCUAGUAUGGGUAGCAAGUCCUCCGCUCCCUGGAGGUUGUGAAUCUCAUGGGUGUUCCCGUUAUGUGUCACCAGCAGGGAACGGUUGAGGCGCCAUCGGUAUGUUAUGUUUCGUUGCUGAAGUAGCGUUGUAAGUGGCUUAAGCGACCGUCUCCAAGCCAAGGUACUGCCGGACAAGUCCGUGAAAAAGGAGAGGGACAUGGUUUCGAAGGGGUACUGGGGAAGGUUUUUGACCGCUGCCAUGGUUGCGGCUCUGUCUUCCUUGCGCUGGAAGCGGAGUAUAAUGUCCCUGGAGGCCGCUGGUGGGGCUUUGGUCGGUUUGGGAACUCUGUGAACUCCGUCCAGGCUUAUUGUUUUGGCUUUCCGUGCUGGUAGCAGCGCUGCCAAGAGCCUCCUCGCGAAGUGCGGCAGUUCCUCCGCCGGCAUGUCGUCUGGUACUCCCCGUACCUUUAUGUUGGUUGCUCUGCGUGUGUCUUCCAGUGCUGCGAACUGCCGUUCAUAGACCUCUGCUUUACUCUGCAGACCCCUUAUCUCCGAUUGCAUGGUGGCGAUAUGGGUAGCUGUGGUGGCGGAGGAAUCCUCCAGGGUGCCUAGUCUCCCGGUUAUUCCCUGGAGGUCUGUGUGGAGGCCCGCCAAUUCUGCCUGGAUCGUGGUCUGUAGGCCUGCCAGUAAUGCCUUGAGCACCGCUGUGGUGACUGGUGCGUUAUCUUGGUCUGGUGGUGUGGCUUUUGCUGCUGGUGGACUGGGAGAGUGAAGUGUGUCCUCACCUUGGGAGAAGUCAUCAGACAGGUCGGAGUAUGUCUCUGGGUAUUCGGCCAUCUUGGGCCCAACCGCUCCGUGGGCCUGUCGCCACAUGGCUCCGAUAUCGAGGCCAAGUCUGGGCUGAUCGGGCUUUUGUUUUUUGCUUUUCCGUCCCAUGUCGUUUCCCCUGUUAUUGCCUGGGAUUUGAGGCUGUUUUGGACGAUUUUGGUCGUUUGGUUAGGGUGUUUUGGCAUAAAAUUGCAGGAGCUACAAUGCUAUGCGACUUCUCUGUUCUGCAGCUUGGCUCCGCCCCCCUCCUCUCAGAGAUUUAACUUAUUUUUGUUUCCAUGUAGAAUUUAAAGGACCACUAUAGGCACCCAGACCACUUCAGCUUAAUGAAGUGGUCUGGGUGCCUGGUCCAUCUAGGGUUAACCCUUUUUUCUAUAAACUUAGCAGUUUUAGAGAAACUGCUAUGUUUAUGUUAGGGUUAAUCCAGCCUCUAGUGCCUGUCUCAUUGACAGCCGCUAGAGGGCUCUGCGUUUCUCACUGUGAAAAUCACAGUGAGAAGACGUCAGCAUCCAUAGGAAAGCAUUGUGAAUGCUUUCCUAUGGACUGGCUGAAUGCGCGCGCUGCUCAUGCCGCGCAUGCGCUUUAGCCGAAAAGGAGGAGAGCUCCCCGCCCGGCGCUGGAGAUAGAGGUAAGUUUAACCCCUUCCUCUCCAUCCAGCCCGGCGGGAGGGCGACCCUGAUGGUAGGGGCACCCUCAGGGCAGUAUAGUGUCAGGAAAACGAGUAUGUUUUCCUGGCACUAUAGUGGUCCUUUAAGAUCUAUCUUUUUUCUAAACAUUUUUCAUCAUCACAACAAUUGCAUGCCUGUAUUUAUUUUCCUCUCCCACAAAAGCCAUGCACAUAUCAAUAAACUCCCCCAUAUUUAUAUCUUUAUUAACACUCUGCAAGACCUUAAAAACCUUUGUGGGGGGGGAAGCACCUUUACUAUGUAAUAUGCCAUAUUGGGUGCUAUGAAUUGGAUCUGCCCCCUCCUUUUGCACUCCAAUAUGCAAAAUAAAGAUAUUUGCUUACCUGAAAUUCAACGGGGGUGAAUCUCGUGGUACUGACUUCCACGCCACCUUUCUGUCGUCACAGGUGCCUCGCUCACUCGGAGAGCAAUGAAAAAACUGUUGCAUUUUCAUACAGAUCUUCCAACUUAUUUUAGACGCUUUUACCUCCUCCUCUGUAAACUGAACUUUUAUUCAUGCAGAGGAGACUCCUACAGGGUCUAACAGGCUGUUAACAGAGUAGGACAUAAGAAAUUCUAAAUUAAACAGAAUGAGCAAUAAAGGAAGUUUGGAUCUCUCUUUACAGAAAGUGUUUAGGAAGGCUGUGUGAGUCACAUGCAGGGAGAUGUGACUAGGGCUGCAUAUAUAAAGUGACUUAACUGCUAAAUGGCAGAGAAUUGAGCAGUUAGACUGCAGGGGCAAGAUCUAUACACCAAAACUACUUCAUUAAGCUACAGUUAUCGUUGUGCCUAUAGUGUUCCUUUAACAUUGCUACACCCCUAUUUCAGCUGUCAGUGAAACAGCCUUUCUUCCUAGUUUAGCUCAGUGGAGCUAAACUCAACAGGCAGCAAUUACUUAGAGCCAUGCCGUGCAAAGACUUCUCAUUGAGAGAUGCAUUGGGAAGUCUGUGAUUGGGCAGCCACAUAAAGUCAUGGAUGGUGAAGAAGGGGAGGGCUUGCAGAGGCUUCUGACCUGAAAUCUACUGUUUUUAAGCCAUUUUAGCUAUACCCCAAAUUUUUUUUUUUUUUUUUUUUAGUUUUAUCUACUACAUAGUUGGAGGAGGUGGGUGAGGGGCUUAUAUUCAUAUUUGGGCAGUGGAUUGUCCCUUUAAUUAAACUGUUCUGCCUUCCCACAUAUAGAGGACCCCCCUCUGAUCCCAGGAAAAGUUUUUUUUGGGGGUCUGACAUAGUUAUACAUAUGUUAGUAUAUAUUGUAUUACAGUUAAUGGGUUGCAGAACUAAUUUUAACUUCGAAAAAGUUGCUAUUCAAACACAUACCUCCAUAAAGUAUUUUGGCAGGUUGUAGUGAUUUAAAAGGAAAUUUGUAAUCUUAUUUGCAUUAGAGGGACACUAUAGUCACCAAAACAACUACAGCUUAUUGUAUUUAUUUGGUGAGUAGAAUCACCCCUACAGGCUUUUUUGCAGUGAACAGUCUUUUCAGAAUAAAAGCAGUGUUUACAGUACAGCCUAGAGAUACAUCCGCUGGUCACUCUACAGAUGGCUGAUAAAGGGGCUUCCCGGGGCAGUGCUGCACAGUGUGCGGUACUGCCAUUCAGUGUCUCCACCCUCUGCAUGGAGACACUAAACUUUCUUAAUAGAGAUGCAUUGAUAGAAUCUAUCUCUAUGAGGAGAUGCUGAUUGACCAGAGCUGUGUUUGGCUGGUGCUGGCUCUGCCCCUGAUCUUCCUCCUUGACAGUCUCAGCAAAUCCAAUGCUUUCCUAUGGGAAAGAAUUGGGAUUGGCUCAGAUCAUCACUUCUGAUGAUGUCAUCAGAUCAGGGGCAGAGCUAGCAGCAGCAGACUGGAAUAAAGGUAAUAUUUUACUAUAUUUAGGGGGGAUAGAUGGUGGUUUUAACACUAUAGGGUCAGGAAUACAUGUUUGUGUUCCUGACCCUAUAGUGUUCCUUUAACAUUCCAUCUUGGGAACAUUGAAGGGAUUUCCCACUGCAAGAAACUCAUACAGAUCCAUCAUGAUUUGUGUGUGCGGUGUAAUACAGAAUAUGCUAUAACUCUCUAUUAUGUAUUAUAUCACUGGAAGCAAGGGAACAUGCAGAGAGUUGUAUUCUACACACACACACACAAAAAUUAAAUGGCUUUGUAAUAAUGGCUUUGUACAUAAAAUACCCUGGAGGCAAAUCGAAACAUGAAGUGAUGAUUAUGUAGUGAGUGACUGUUAAGUUGAUAGGGUGACCUACACAUAAAGGCAUGUGCAAUCUGUUUUUAAUUGCAGUGGUAGGGGCAUCUCUCGCUCGCUCGUUCAUUAGUUAAAGGAACACUGUAGACACUCAGAUCCCUUCAUCUCAAACAAUGGGGUCUGGGUGCUAUGCCCCCCUUGUUUUAACCCUGCUGUGUUUACAAUACAGGAUUAUAUGCCUCAUAGAGACCAUCUGACUGGCACAGUGCAGUUUUCUUGCUUUGGGUGCUAUGCCCUCCUUGUUUUAACCCGGCAGUGUUUACAUUACAGGAUUAUAUGCCUCAUAGAGACCAUCUGACUGGCACAGUGCAGUUUUCUUGCUUUGGGUGCUAUGCCCUCCUUGUUUUAACCCGGCAGUGUUUACAUUACAGGAUUAUAUGCCUCAUAGAGACCAUCUGACUGGCACAGUGCAGUUUUCUUGCUUUGGGUGCUAUGCCCUCCUUGUUUUAACCCGGCAGUGUUUACAUUACAGGAUUAUAUGCCUCAUAGAGACCGUCUGACUGGCACAGUGCAGUUUUUUUGCUUUGCAUGCGCAGUAGCCUCCCAAUGCUUUUCUAUUGGAAAGCGUUCGAUUGGCUGAGAUCAUCAAGGUUGAUGAACUCGGACUCCGAGAGAGCAAUGCGAUGUGGGAGAAAAGUUAAGUAAACCUGUAAUCCUAACACUAUGGUGUUUUCCUUAUAAAGCUACAGUGUUCUCCCUCUAAAGCUAAAUAGUAACUGAAAUAAAGGGUAUUACACCUUUUUUUUUCUAGCACCAAGAUCGAAUCCCGGCAGCCAUUUCAUAUGCCUCCUGCAAGAUCACACCAACGCCCAAUCCAAUGCUUCUCGUGGCAGAGCAUUGGGGACUAAAAACGCUUGUGCGACCAGGUCCAAUGAAAUGGAAGUUGGCUGUGAGAACUGGGUUCUUACAACAGACGCGCCUCUAGGGGUUUUCAGUAUGACAGCCAUCACAGGUGUAUUUAACCCUGCAUUGUGAACAUUGCUGUAUCUACUAAACAACAAUGUUUUACACUAAAGGGUUAAAACUAAAGGACCCCUGCAACCCAUUGAGAUGAAGGGGUUCUGUUGCUUUUAUUGGCCAUUUUACAACUUAUUCUACUACUUGAAAGGUGUCUAUACGCUACUGCAGACCAGCAGUCAGAUUCACUAUAUAAUUGUGUACUUCUAUUUACAUUUUUGCCAUCACUAAAUGCUUCAGCCAGGCUGCCAUGUAGUCCGUGUUGCUGCCCCGGUGUGAGAAUGUGACCAUAAAUCUAAUUCUCAAUCAGAAUAGCAAAGCAUUGUCAUGCCACAUGUUCUCCCGGUCGGUUCCCAUCAGGUAGAGGAGAGUGAGGAUGAAUACAUUGAAUGGAUCACAGUGAAUUAGGUUAGGAGAGCUAAAGAUUAGACGUGCUUAUUGUCAUGUCGGCUAUCCGUUAAUCCAGUUCUAGGGAACUUUUUCUUCUUUGCCAAUUAUCUUCAGUUGGACUAAAGGUCCUAGACAUCUCUCUCUCUCCUCGAUUAAUUGGACAAUUAAAAGAGGACUUGUCACUUAUCUGGAAUUUACAUCAUUUAAUAAACCAUGAGAAAUCGCCUACAACGUCUUACAUUUAUUUUAAAAAAUUUCUUCUACAUUCAUAUAAAAUAAUUAACAAAUUAUAUCAUAAUCCAGUUCAGACCAGGCAAAGCCAAGGCAAACAUUGCAAGUGAAGAGGAGAAUAGAAACAUUUCUUCAUUUUACUUCUCUGUAUGUUUUUUCUUUGCUGACUGCCAGGUGCAAAGGACCAUAUCUGUAUCUGUAUCACGAGAUCUCCUUAAAGGAUUACGCCAGCCCAAAAAGUAUUUAUUUAAAACACUGACUUUGGUUAGAGUAAGCCUUUCUGAGUUUGUCGUCAUUCCAAACUUAAAAAAAAUAAACGCCAUAAGUUAACUUUGUUCCAUCCACGAGUCCAAGUUCUUCCUUGACGUCACUCCACUUUGCUGUAGGGGGUCAGGGACUGGAACCCGAGAGGAGGCACAGGGUCGGGGCUCCCAUUUUCUAUCUCAGCAUGCCGGCAUCAGACUCCAAUUUUGCACAGAAUUGGCCCUAGCCAGCCCAGGAUAUUGUUCCCGGCUGGCUAGUGACAUUGCCGAAAGUGGAGUUACACCUUCAGCAGAUAAGAGGUAAAUCACUGUAUGUGCUGCGUCUCAAAGCGAGAUGCUGCACAUACAGACUCGAGGCGCCAUGACCUCUUCAGAUCACUCAAGUGGUCAUGGUCCUUGGUGUAACCCUUUAAUACUACAGGCUUGAUUGUGAAUUUUUGUGGGUGUACAUCCUUGCUCUACAGAUUGGUUCUGUGCACAGCUGUACCUUAAAGGGGUGGGGUCUCUUUUUUAUUUUUUAAUAGGCUAAGAAAUAGUACCACCUGCUAUCACUAAUGCCCCACAAGUUCACUGGAUUCUGUGUUACAGAAUAAAUCUUGAAAUGUCCAUAUACAUUUUUUUUUUUAUAGCAGCAUUGAUGGUUAUUUGUGUUGUCGAAGAUGGAUCUCUGUUCCUGCUUCCUCACUUGGUUGCAACCUGGAUCAUUGUGGGACCCAGAGUACGAUGCCAUAACCCGAUUCUUUUUGUGCUUGAUAAUGUGUAUUGGCCAUUAAAGGGUUGCUCCAAGCACUAUGACAACUUCAGUGAUAUGAUGUGGUCAUUGUGGCUGAAGUCUAUCUGUACAGUAUUUCACUGUGUACAGAGUUUAACUCCUCUGCUGCCAAAGAGUAAUGAGUAUUUCCAUCUCUGGCAGCAUCAUUGGGUCAUCAUAAUCCAGCCCUGAAAGAGGGUUCUGAGCUGGGUAAUGUAAAUUUAGUGAAUAAUGACCGUCUGACUUUAGCAUGUCCAGGCUUACAGUGGCUAUGCGGCCUGUGUCAUCCCCUCAACCCGUCCUCCCCUCUAUAUCAGUGGAAGAGGAUCAGGCGGCCAGGAGAAAAUGUCCUCAGCGCUGUAAUAGAGGGAAGAAAUUAAUUUGUUUUGUUUUUUUAGGGUGUGGGGACCAGGAUAGGUAGGGUUACAUUAACCAAAACCAGUGUUUUAUUAAAACACUGUUUUUUGGUUGGAGUAACCUUUUAACCCCUUAAGGACCAAACUUCUGGAAUAAAAGGGAAUCCUUAUAUGUCACACAUGUCAUGUGUCCUUAAGGGGUUACGCAAGAGAAGGCAGAUGUAUGGAGAAUUGCCAUUCCCCUGCUCUUACAUCGGUAAUCUUGGACAAAAACUGUGAAACAUACAGACUUUGAUCUUAUGGUUGAUUUGAAAAAACAAACAAAAUUUAGCUGGUAAUCCACCUGUGGUGUUUCAAAGUCACAGGUUAAUUUACAACAAAAUCAACUCUGGCUUUUAAGAAGUACCGUGAAGUUGGGCAAAAACAUCUAGGCCUCGAGGCAUAUUUGAGAACUAGGGAAACGCUCAAUGUAUCUUCUGGUUAAAUACUUUGAUAGAACUAGUGCAUUGGUCAUAGGGACAGAACCAGAGGAUGACAAGGCAUCUGUACUCAAGAAUGAUCUCAGAGCAAGAGUUAUUGGUCUAAUGAUUGAGUAUAUGGAGUGGAUUUCAGGGACUGUGUUAUAGGCUUGUUUGAGUACUUGAGUUUCCAAAAAGCAGUUCGCUGCGUGGAUAAGUUGAUGAUUACGUUGGUACGUGUUAGGGACUGACCGAGUCUGACAAACUGCAUCGCAAGGCGCUCGUGAAACGCCGAGCCUACUGGAACACCUUGACAAGCGACCUUGAGAAGCUCGUGUUCUCAUGUAAAAGGAUUCAUUGCAUAUGAUGUGAAAAUGGAAAUAAAGCAGAAUACAAGGCUAAGCUGGAAGAAUGAAUGCAAUAUGAGAUUUAAUCGAUUAUGCUGGACCAUAAACUUUCACCUACACUCUCGCUCAUGAUAAAUGGGCUAAACGUUUAGUAGAUAAAUCAGAUCAUAAGUAUAAUAGUGUUAGCCAUCCAUCUGGAUUUCUUCUGUAUGUGUGAAUAAAACAGAACGAACUUAGAUGGUAGAAUGGUAGAAUAUAUUUUUUUAUAUAAGUGUAAUUUUAAAGCAUUUUUAUUUAAAAUGUUGUGCUUUCAGUUUCUCAGACCUUAACAGAUUUUAUGUCUAAUAUGGAUUUUGUUUUUAGGAUGUUGAGACAAACUUAUAUCUAAAUAUAACAAGGAGACUAAUUUUUUUUUCUUUUAUGUCUCGUUGCACCUUUUGUUCUGAACGUCUGGUUGGAAAUUAUAUAUAGAACAACAGACAACGAAAUACAUUUUCAUUGUUGUUCUAUACUUUGAAUUGAAAAGUGCAUGUUCUGAAUUUAUUUAGAGUUACAGAAAAAAAUAAUAAUAAACAUAAUUGAUGUUUUGUGCUACAAUUUAGGAUAUGUAUUUGAAUACAUUAAUUGUUAUGAACUAUAGAUUUUGUUUCUAAGUCUCCUUCCCUUCCCCUGCUCGUUGUGCUGUGGUUGUACCAAAUAAGUCUGCUCGAAGGGUUGUGGUCUUCUAGCUUUGGUCCUGUGAUGGAUGGGAGCCACAAUCUUGUGUUUGCAUUUGUUAGUGAGUUGGGUAAUAACUGCGGUCAGUAUCCUGUGUGCCCACUUCCUAUGCUGCUAUAAAGAUAGGGAGCCUCGGAUUUCAGCGCAGUAAAACUCUGCCCCUCUCUGCCUGCUCCCUGCACAUGCAUGACUGUCGUAGCUACCUGUUAAGCAUAAUGUAGUCAAACAAAGUGUUUUAACUUCAGUGUGUUUGUUUUUGGUUUUCUGUAGCUUGUUUUUCUCUUGCCUAUUUUGUAUAUUUUCAAUACUUGGAUUUUUUUGACGUCUGGACGUAUGUUUGCAUAGCACACGUUAACUUUCAGUAGCUGUGGUCCGGUUACCAUGGCAGCAGUAACUAUGGUAGCUACCCCUAGUCCGAUAAGGGGUAGAGUAAUUAUAGUCCUUCUGAGGGGUCUGCCACUGGACUGCUAGAUUGAGUGUUUUAAUUAGGCUAUUGGUGGAGCAUGCAACCUUCCAGCGAUGUCUAAUCAUACAGAAAUUGUAGAAUGGUUGCAACAUAGUACCGAAUAGGUACCCACACACCAGAUAUACAUAGGUGGUUGGAAUUGGCACCAUCUAUAGCAGAGACAAGAGAAGAACUGUUACAUUUUUAAUCUCGACACAAACUAAAAGUGCACGCUUUCACGGUCUCUUUCAGGCACUAUAAGACAAGUGCCUGUAAUAUUCAGCUUAUUAUUUUUUAUUAUUCUUAUUAUAUCAUAACUUUCCAGGUUCAUGGCCCUUGCUCACACUGCCUAGGGGAUAAUAUAUUACAGAGGAAUCCUACGAGAGAAGAAGCUAUCCUCUGUCCCAGAGUCUUGUGUGCAGAUGGGUCUGUUUUUUGUUUAUUUUUUAAUUUCAGGUCUGGACUGGUCAUAGAGGCGGGGAGGGAAGCGCCAAUUCAAUAUGGUACUCAUUCCCGUUUUCAUUGCACAAUGAGAUAACAUGAGAUCUUCUGCACAGUGUAAAAAAUAAUAAUAAAAAAGACAGGGAUUUGUAAGUGCUCUUUCACUCUUGUACUGUAACGUGAUUUGCUCGUUAAAGCCAUCACCUUAAGUCUACUUGUCUCGUUUCAAACAGCCAGCAUUGUGCCAUUCCUAUGUUGCUAAUUUUCCUUUGUUUUCAUGCUCCACUGACACCCACUUUCUUUUCUGUGCCAGUACUGCGUUACCACCCAGCGCUACUGCUCUUCAAUUUACACAAUCUCGGAAGUACUUAAUUACUUAAUUGGACGUUCGUUUGCCGUUCUAUUUCCUAAUGAAUCCGUUGAAUGUUUUGUUUUGUUGCACACGUCUGACACCUCUGUGUGUGCGCGUUGUCACAAUAUUGCUCUAGAGACCAGAGUCCUUUGCUUAGAAUUCAAGGUUUUCAUUUUGUGACUUCCUUAAUUAGGCUAUUAGGGAAUCAGCCAGUAAAAAAAAAAAAAACAAUCAUUAUAACUCUUUAUCAUUAAAUUGCUUUUAAAAGGAUAGAUUGCAUGUUUUAUUUAAAAAAAAAAAAAAGUUUUGUUAAAAAUGCAUAAAGCUUUAAAUAGCUCCUACGUGCCAAGUACCUUUGCAAGCAAUCUCUGACAAGCGACAGCAUCUCACCUUUUAAAGGAACGGUAUAAUAAAAUGAUACGCAGAGGGGGAUCGUAGUAUAUUAAAAUGUCUCAGGACCCACAAAAUGGCGCUCUUUUCCACUAAUGCAUACUUCAGCAUUUCCUUCCUUAAUAUUACACAAUAUUUUUCGGAUAGUGUUGGGGUUAAUGGUUAGUGAUAAUGUAUUGUAUUGUUUCUCAGUGAAGCGGUCUGGGUCCUGUAUGUUUAAUGCUGCAAUGUAAAAUGUAGCAGUUUUUUUUUUUUUUUAAACUGCAAUGUUUACAUUGUGGGGUUCAACAAACCUUCAGUGGUAGGCAUACUGACAGCCACUAUGGACACAUCCAUCUGGAGUAAUCAAGUAAAACCUGGUCAUCUGACUGCAGACUCAGUAUUUUCCUACUUGAUGCAUGUGCGACACUAACUGUGCAUGCACAUCGCAUUAGCAAUGCUUGUAGUACGUUAUUGGACAGACGCUGGAGGAGGAGAGGCAAGCAGCACCGAGGGGUCCUCGGUGCUGGAAAAGGGUAAGCAAAACAUCUAUUUUACAUUUUUAUUCUGAACAGUACCAAAGUGGAUGGGACUACCAUACCUAGGGACAGGAAGACUAAAGCAUAUGAAAUACACAUUUGUAUUCCUAACUGUCUAGUGUUCUUUUAAAUGCACCCCUAGUGGCGGUUUUCCUGACAGCCAUUAUCUAGAGUUGCUUUCUCCUCCAGAACCGAGUGAAACGCUUUUCUGAAAUCAAAUGCAGCUCAAAACUGUAUUAUUGUUGCGGAGCGUGGUGUUUGACCCUGUGUGUGUUCUCUUUGAAAAGCAUUGGAAGGGUUGUGGAAAGGACAACUGCAUAAUGUUUGUUGUUUUCAGGACUAUUGGUUCCCUUUAAUACAAAUGCCAGCUCUGUUUGAUAUUAGUGAGAGCCACUCCUCAGCAGUAUCAAGAGCGGUCAUUCAACUUCCAGUAAUCUUAGGCUGAGUGGCAUGUGCAUAUCCUGGUGUACCCAAAAUUAGAACCACUAGACCACACUGUGAUAACCUGUGCAUUAUUACCUGUUUCUUACGGGGAAUAAUUACAUGGAUGACAUCACGACCCAUGGAGUACAAUAUUCCAUAACCUUCCCAUUACAAUAAUAUAUAUAGUCGUAUUCAUUAAAUGUGCCUUAUUAUAUAAGGAAGGGACAGCAGGGAAGAAUGUAUGAAUUAUGAUCAUACAGCGAGGAAGGUUUCAAGUUGUCCUUUUUAUGAGAACAAAUGCAAUUUCUUGUUCCAAAGAAUAAAAAUCUAAAUCCUGCAAUAAAAGUUUUAAUAAAGAAUAUGUUGGCCAGAAAAUGGCGGAUGUAAUUUCUAGCUAGAGAUUUUUUGUUAACCAUUUAUUCCUACAGAUAUUACUGGAGUUAAAGGGGUACUGUAAGAAACAUCACUGCUACAGCUUGGUUAAUGACCUUGUCUGCUCUUUGUCCCCCAGUUUAAUAUCAAACCAUUUAGCAGCAGUUUGACAAAAGGCAGGGUUCUUUACGUACCCAGUGACCACUUCCUUCCAUUCAGUGUUAAUUUUGGCGGCACAAGUCUAUUUAGUUUUAGUCGUAGUCUUUUGACUAAAAAGACAUUUUAGAUUUAGUCAUAUUUUAGUCAUCUGAAUUAUUUUAGUUUUAGUCUAGUUUUUGUCGACUAAAGCUCCAGUAGAUUUUAUUCAACACAUCUAAAAUCUAAUGGGUUUAAUCAGGGCUCGACAAAUCCCAGGCGCCAGAUCGCCACGGCGACUAGAAAUUUCGCACUGGCGUCUGGGAUUUGCCAGCUGUCUAGCUUUGACGGCGGUCGCCCUGAGCAGCGUGGAGGCGGGCGGUCGCCCUGAGCAGCGUGGAGGCGGGCGGUCGCCCUGAGCAGCGUGGAGGCGGGCGGUCGCCCUGAGCAGCGUGGUAGCGGGCGGUUGCCCGCGGGAGCAUUGUGGCCAGCGCAUGAGGGAGCAGUACUCUGUUUACAGAUGCUCUCUGCUCCCUCGCGCUGUGUAAUGAUGCCGGGAGCCGGAAUAUGACGUCAUUCCGGCCCCGGCAUAAUUACAGAGCGCGAGGGAGCAGAGAGGAGCUACAGGCAGAGUACUGCUCCCUCGCACACAGGAAGGGAGGCUGAGUGGGUUUAAAUUCAAACUAAAAUGUGUGUGUGUGUGUGUGAGCCUGUCAGAGUGUACGCGUUUAGGUAAAAACACCUGCCGCACGUGUUUUUACUCACCUUUCUUCCCAUUUCCCAUGCCGUGCCAGUUUCGCCGUGGCUGAGAUGAUCAAUCUUUAUGAUCUCAGCUAAGGCAAUGCUUUCCUUUAGGAAAGCAAUGGAAGGAUUUUGUGCAUGCGCAGCAAAUGUACCAAUCUGCAUCUCCUCCUAGAGAUGCAUUACAUUAAUCAAUCUCUAUGGUGACCAUUCAGCGCCUCUGAACCAGGAUGCUGCACGUGGUGCUGCAGUGACCCAGGACUCUAGUGGCCAUCUGAGUGACUGACUGUCACUAGAGGUGUUACUAAGCAGCAAUGUAAACUGCCUUUUCGGGAAAAAGGCAGUGUUUACACUGAAACGCCUGCAGGGACAGGCUAUAGAUACCAGACCAACUACAUCAAGCUGUAGUGGUUCUGGUGACUAUAGUGUCCCUUUAAGAAUUGCACUUUCUUGUUGAAAAUAGCUGGCUCCUAUAUUCCAAACAAAGUUGUCAAGCCCUGGGUUUAAUUAAAGUCUCUGUCUCUUGUGCCCCUCUGUGUCUCUUUGUGUCCCCCCAGCCUCCCAUGUGCCUCAUUUCUUCUCCUCACUCCCCCAUGGGUCUUACCCGCCAGCGUUAGUUUUGGCGGCAAAUUUCUAUUUAGUUUUAGUCAUAGUCUUCUGACUAAAAAGCCAUUUUACUUUUAGUCGUAUUUUAGUCAUCUGAAUUGUUUUAGUUUUAGUCAACUAAAUCUCAAACCUUGACCGUAACGAUUAACUUCAAAGUUCUGCUGGUAGGUAAACCCAGCUCUCUUACCCCAACACCACCAUCCAAGUUGGGUGAAAUUAACAUUGAUAGUGCAGAAGUGUCAAUUCCAAAUUUAAGUCCAAAAUAGAAGAAUUUGUACAGAUUCUUGUAGUUUAACUAAUUUGACCUUAAAUAUUAAAUUCAUGAUCUACUGGUAAUAAGCCCUUGAAAGCAGGGUUAAUUUGAUUUAAAUCUUAAUUCGUCAGUAAGACUCGAUUUUAAGCCGAUGAAUAUUUCAUACUUACAAUAAUAACUUUUCAGAUGAGUUUAACAGUUAUUUCUGAACAGAUUUCGUAAUAUACCAUUGGAAACAUGGAUAACAAUGACUUUAUUGCAAGGUGAACGAUCUCCAGUUUAAUAGAUUAAUCACAAAUUUUUGGAGAACAAUUUAAAUGAAAGAUGUUCAUUGUGUGUUCACCGAUUUGCGGAAUAUCAGUGGGAUUAAGGUCUUUUCUGAACGUUCGUUGUAUGUUUAUUUUAUACAAUUUUUGCUGUGAAAAAGUGCAUGUUAUCUCUGCAGACACAAGUUCAAUUAACUUGGAUUAAUGGAAUUCAUUACCAAAAAAUUAAAUAUUGCAUGAAUAUAGGGCCUUGUGCUACAUAGCUAAUCCCUGUUUCAUUUAGAAUAACCUUUUGGACUAGAAUGUAUCUUAAAUCUUGGAUCUUUUUUUCCUUCAAAAGCAUUUUAAUUAACAGAAAUCCAAUUUAAAUUAAAAAAAACAAAACAAAAUCAUAUAUUUUUUAAAAAUGUAUUUAUUGUUUUUAUUUCAGACCCCAAUUUUUAUCCACCCUGAUCGAAAUACAUAACAUUGAGAAUUGCUCUUCAUCUAAACAUUUGUUAGCAUGGUAGAGCUGUGAUAUGACAUAACUUUAAGGGAUACUAUAGGCACCCAGACCACUUCAGCUCAUUGAAAUGGUCUGGGUGACGUAUCCCUGUCCCCUUAACCUAGCAUCUGAAAACAUUGAGGUUUUAGAGAAACCAGACCGCCACUAGAUGUGCUUCCUGCAGUUCCCCGAGAUUAACUAACUAACACUGGAAUAAGGUAAAUGGUUAAAUGAUUAUUUAACCCUUUCAUUGCCAAGGUAGGUGGGGGCAGGAGAGGAUCAGAGGGACACUAUAACGUUAGGAAUACAAAUCUGUAUUUCGAACAGUAGUACUUUUUAGAAUUUAUUAUCUGUCAAUAACCCACCAUCAUAAAAGUGAGUUUUUACAUACAUUUUGCUUUUUCCACAGUAUUGAGCUGUGUAAGGGAGACUUGAUAGGUUUUAACCCUUAGAUUGUAAGCGCACAGGCGAUCUAGCAAAGUAAAAGUGCUUCAAUGGCUGUAUCUCUGCUCAUGGGCCAGGCCCCUUUUACCGUUUUUAUAGGUCUGACUUUUUACCCAAUUGUACAGCACAGAGGAUUAUGUUGGCGCUUUCUAAAUGCCAGUAAUAAUAAUAAUGUAUUAGAAGAACAGUUUGUGUAAGCGUAAAACAUUGUACAUUUUAUACAUGGGAGAUGAACGCCAAUGCCGAAUGGGUUCAACUACAUUUUACUUGUUUUUGCUAAUGUCAGGUAUCUGUCUUCAGACCUCAUCUAACAUUACGAUUGGUCCCUAGAGAUAAGUUUUCUAAUUGUCGUCUUUUAAAAGUUGGCAUCAUAAACAAGUCAUUCUAUUGCCAUUAGUCAAGUACCCGCCACAGUUGGGACCAGUAACUAGACCGUGCUUGCGUCAUAAUUAUUGUUAAUUAUGUUGUUGCCCUUUCAGCAACCCAGAACUGUUCAACACGUUCACAUCUAGAGAGAGCAGGCAUUUUCUGAUUGAAUACUCCUUUCAUAUACUCCUUGUAAAUGAUCACAGAUGGGAAUUGUGGAAUAUUUGAAGCUGAACUAAAUUGCUUUUCAAUUUUUGACAUUGUGGUGGCAGAGCCCCGUGCUUUCUUACACCUUGCAGUGGGUUAGAUUCCCAGGCAUAUUUCUUUUCUUCCCCUUCUUCUAAUUUGUCUAUUAAUUGUAAGUUUAAUUUGUUGCUGUAUAGAGCAUUGCACAGUUUCCAAGCGUAUACCCAGGCUGAGCAAAACGCAGAGUUUUUCUUAAUAGCUGUACUAUCUUUUAUCACAUGCAGGGGGCGCUGUAACUGUAUCACAGACAAUAGCCAUGUAUAUCCCUGUCCUUUUUUUCUUUCUUUUUCACCCCCCUUUCUCAGGGUUAAUCUGGACCCUACUAAAAGUUGGUGAAGAGAAGCUCCUAUGACACUUGGGUAAUUUGGGUUUAGGGUUAAACUUUUGUAACUAUUUUCUUUAACUGUGUUCGUACCUUUAUUUUUUUUCCAGCCAAGUCAAGCCGGAAGCUGACGUUCCUAUACCUGGCCAAUGAUGUUAUUCAGAACAGCAAACGCAAAGGACCUGAGUUUGCUCGCGAGUUCGAGAAUGUUCUUGUAGAUGCCGUUCUGCAUGUUUCCAGGUAAUAUGGCAGUCCCUGGCAUGAAUUCAUACAUAUACUUACACCAUUCUUUAUUCAGGCACAUUGGCUGCAUUGAGGAAGUGUCUUAGGGAUAAACAGAUUAUCAUAAUAAUACCGUUGUAAUCGGUAUAGGCCUUGUACUUUACUGAUAACUUACUCACCUAUCCCGGUCACCACUUCUGCAUCCGGAAACUCGAGCCACCAGUCCAUGAAGUCCCACGCCGUGACCUUGUGUUUCUGUGAGUCCCACAUGUGGAGCUCAGCUGGAGGCAGUGAGGUGAGACGGUGAGUAAUCUGCUGUAAUGUACUGGGACGACUGACACUGAUAGGAGUGGAUUGCUGUCAGCAAUCAAACUCCUAUCCGUAGCAGCUCUAUACAAGCUGGGAACUCACUGAUCCCAGCAUGUACUGGCUGCCUGAGAGGGAUGGGAGUGUGAUUGCGGUCCACAUGUUCAGUUAAUGCCAUACUUUUGUAGAAAUUGUGUUACUUUUGCAAAACUUAAAAUGUACAGAUUAUCAGAACCAGUUAUCGGCAAUCAGCCUCAAAGGCGACCGGUAAUUGGCAUCAGCUCUGAAAAAAUUAUAUUGGCCGAUCGCUAUUCUUAAAACCCCCACGGACACUUAACUGAAUCCAGCGCCGAGUGCUCCGCCCAUGCUCCUCCCCUGCCUACGUCCGCCUGCAGGGGAGACCUAAUGAACAUUAGACCUCCCCAUUGCCAUUUUUCUUAUAUUUUAUUUUGGGGGAAGACCUACAUUCCACAUUAUGUUGUCAGGCAAGACUUUAUAAGGUCCCAGUGUGAAAUGAACUAAUCACGGUUUUAAUAAGGUCAUUGAUGUCAUGUCUUUAGCACAAAGAUGAGCCAGGCAGCACUUUAAAGCCCUUCCUGAGAGAGUGUAGAAUUAGAGGGGCAACGGAGAGGCAGAAACUCUGGGCAUUGUUCAUUUAUUGCAUGAAAGUCACAAACGUUUGUAAAAUCUCUGAAAAAGCAUCUGGAUGACGUGGCACUGAUUGUGUCAAAUAAGCAAACUGUACAGUUUAAUUACUAAAUCUUCUAAGCUCUGCACACUCUUACUCACACUCACUCCCUUUUCUGUAUCCACUCAUUGGAUCUCUUUCCAUAUCUCUAAAUUCCCCCUCUUAUUGUACUUUGUCUCUUACCACUAGCCCACCUGACCUUGGUCUCUUACCGAAUACCUUCCGUUCUUCCCUUCCACUCACACAAUCAACUUUUUACAUUUCCUUCCUCCACUCUGUCAAUACGUUUCAUCUUUUCUCUCCUCACUCUGCCCCUUUGCAGUGAAGCGGAUGAUGGUUGCCGGAAACCGUUGGAGAGGCUGCUUCACAUCUGGCAGGAGCGCAGUGUCUACUCCCCCGAGUUCGUCCAGCAGCUCAGACUGGCGAUCGAUGGCGAGGACAGUCCCAGGGAACCCCAAGGUACAUCGUCCCCGGGGAACCAGACAUGUGACCACAGUCUCCUUACCCUGAGUGCGGGCAUCCCUCCUCAUCCCAAGGUGCCCGCAUCACAUUUAUAUCGACCCCUUUUGCACUACGCACACCCCACUCCCCUUAUUAUAAAUGCAUGGAUCCUUUGACAUUAAUAUAAGGUGGUUCCAUUUUUUUACCCGCCUUUUAACAGAGCUGGUAGAUAUUAUUAUUAUUAUUAUUAUUAUUAUUAUUAACAACAAGUGCUUGUAUUACCUGUAGUUUUUUUUUUAAUUAAAUUGACAAACCGUGAUCAAGUAGAUUUUGCAGUAGAUCAAAAAAGCCUUAUCUGUACAGUAAUACUGUAAUGGUAGAUGCCCAUGCACAGAUUGUAUUUAACAUUGUUGUUUGCCAUGCAAUGGUAACUGGUUAAUUGCGUGUUGUUUAACAUUCUAUGGUUCUGGUGUGGUGAUGGUUAAUGAUUACUUCUUUGUAGUCUUAUUUGACCCAUCCGGUGAUUAACUGAUUUAGCUGCUGUGCUGUUCUGUCCUCCUCCCAAUGUACACAUUAAAGGGACACUGUAGGCACCCAGACUACUUCAACCCAUUGAAGUGGUCUGGGUGCCAAAUCCCAUCAUCCUUAACCCUGCAAGGUAAUUAUUGCAGUUUUUAUAAACUGCAAUAAUUACCUUGCAGGGUUAAGUCCUCCUAUAGUGGCUGUCUACCAGACAGCCACUAGAGGGACUUCCGGCUUCUUAGACCACUUUUGGUCUCUAAACGACGCUGGACGUCCUCGCGUUAUGAAUGAGGACCUCCAGCGUCGCCGGAAUCCCCAGAGGAAAGCAUUGAAUAAUGCUUUCCUAUGGGGAGGUCUAAUGUGCAUUAGGUCUCCCCUGCAGGCGGACGUAGGCGUGGGAGGAGCGUGGGCGGAGCACUCGGUGCUGGAUUCAGGUAAGUGUCCGUGGGGGUUUUAACCCCUUCAGCGAUGUGGGAGGGAGGGGGGACUCCAGGAUUCUGCAGUUCCAGGAAAACGGGUUUGUUUUCCUGGCACUGGAAAAUCCCUUUAAAGACUUUGAUGCUGCCAUCAAAAAUUCUACUUUCCUCUCUGCGGAGCCCUGCUGGCACUCUAAGUAUAGUAAUCUGUGUCAUCAUACAAUCUUUAAUGCUGAUUCUAAUGACACCAUUAAAGCGAUUACUGUAGUGCCAGGAAUACAAAGCUGUAGUGGUCUAGGUGCCUAUAGUGUCCCUUUCAUUGUUUUGAAGGGACAAGUGCGGGGGGGGGGGGAGUUUUCGCUAAUCUGUUUCUUUCCCUGGUAACACGUAGUUUAGACUAAAGUAGAGCGACUUUUUUUUUUAUUAUUAUUUAUUUAUUUUAUUUAUUUUUUUUUCGUAUACUUUUAAUUUGCAUUUCACCCUCAUUGGCAUUAAAAAGUUACUUUGUUUAUUUAUUAAAUCAUUGUAUUAUUUUUUAAAUGAAUAAAUCUCCAUCUGCGACAAGGUAUAAAAGCCUUUGUGAGCUUAGCCAGUCCGUGGGCAAGCUACGCGUUACAAAUAAUGAAUUAGUUUGCUUCUGACUGUGAAUAACUUGAAAGGAGACCAUCACUGGGAUGAUAUUUAUUGUACUUUUAUAUCUUUAAAAGAAAGUCCUCAAUCUUGUGAAAUGGUUUUCAGAUCAGUGUAGGUGUGACUUGGCAUAAAAUUUUACAUUUAGUUUUGGAGAGUUUUUUUUUUUUUUUUGUGUAGAUUACCCAGCUCGAGAAUUGUUUAGUUUUUUUGCUGCACAACUGACUUGGUCUUACUGCAUUUCUUUAACCCCUUAAGGACACAUGACAUGUCAUGAUUCCCUUUUAUUCCAGAAGUUUGGUCCUUAAGGGGUUAAACAAGCCUUUCUAAUCCCUCUACCUGUAACAUUUGGCAUUAGCCUUAAAUUAUUCUGAUAAAUAAUAAAAACCCCUCUACUACCAACCCUGGAGAGCCUACAGUUUCUUAGCAGACAAUUUUGUUGGCGCUCCUGAGCUAAGCUUUGCAAGCGAUACAGUGCCACAGAGCUCUGACAUUUUACAAGGAAAAUAGGAAAUGGCAGAUAAACAAAUUUUAAGUAAACAGAAAAAAGAUGUUGCCUCCCAAACAAAGGGAAAUGCACAUGUUUGUUUGGCCGGGCACAUAGUGCUGCCGACUAGCUGUAGUCUUUUGGUGACUGGCUGCAUAAUGACCUUCUGUCAGUGUUACUGUGCCUAGAGAGCUUGGCUUUGCCAUCAGAUCAGUAUCCAAGAUUAGGAAGGAUCCCUUCUUUGUAAAAAUCAGGGUCUUGCUGUGAGUGAUUGUGACCAUAGUAACUCGAAGAUUCCACCUCAUGAAUUAUGGAGACUUCCUGUAUAGGAAAAUGGCACAUAUCUUAAACGUACGUGCCAUACAAUCCACAUAUAUAAAAUGUAACUGGAAUUUCUGUUUUUUGGGAUUGAUAGUAUAGGUCAAUAAUUCAAGUUGGCGGGGUGUCAUGAUAACCCAUAAAUUGGACUUGGCACUGUGAAUUUUGUCUCUGUCUAUCCAAAGGAAAACUGGGGGGAAAAAAACAUGCAUCGUUGCUAUGAAGCAUUCUGGAUGAAGGUGCCCCCUUCAGUCUCUGCAUCGGACUGUUUAACCCUUCCACUGCCUGUUACUGAUUGCAUGCAAUUAGUGUCUCUGUAGCAGCAAGAGGUUAAUCAUAGCACUGUUUCCCUCAGGCACAAGCAAGUGCUGUACAAUACCGCAGGGCCCACUUGCUGGUGCUACUGACUUUUUUUACCUCCGUCCUGCUGUUAUGCAAUUAGUGCCAGUCAAUAGAAGGGGUAAACAUAACAGUUUAGGUUCCAUGUGUGAGUGUAGUUACAUUAACAAGGGUUAAUGGAACACAACUAACAAACUUUGGGCUAUACUGUAUAGGCAAACGUCCACAACUAAAACCACUAUCCCUAUGCUACACAGCACUAAACGACGCUGAUCCACUAUGCAAACACAAAUACAUAGAACAAUGGGAAGCAGAAUUAAACGUCAAUAUCCCCAAUCCAGUAUGGCUGCAAACAAUUCAGACUACAAGAAAAAUGUCACAUAGCCUGACCCACUGGGAGGCGUACUGUAAAAUACUGAUGAGGUGGUACCUAGUACCUACCAAGCUAGCGAACAUGUACCCCUCGGUCUCAAAUGUAUGUAGGAGAUGCACUCUCCACAAAGGAAGCAUGAGACACAUAUUUUAGGAUUGCCCACUAUUGAGCAAGCUUUGGCGAAUGAUAGGAAAAGCUAUGGAAAUUUUAACUAUACGCAAAAUACCGUUCACACCGGAAUGCUACUUACUCCGCCUCUCCCCAGAACUGCUGCUAGACAACAACAGACAUGUUAUUAUACACCUGCUAACAGCAACAAAGACUAGUAUAGCCAGCCACUGGAAAACCACACACACGCCCUCACCCCAAGAAGUAUGGAAUAGAAUCGAUAAUGUCUCAGAAUAUGAAGGUAUGGCAUACAGACUAGGCGGCCAAGCAGAGACAUACACUAAAAGGUGGGCAAGUUGGCAUACACACCACAAUACAGUGAAAAAACUCAAAUAAUUUCCCUUGAGGACGGACAGAACAAAACAAAUCACACAAUACACUACAAUACAGUGGGCCUCACCACUCAGAUGGCACACUCGAGAUCCAUUACGCUAUAGAUGAUGGGACGGAUAAGUUACUAUUAUACGCCCAACCGCAACUCCCCACAUUACAUCUCACUGCAUAUUCGAUGUGGAAAUUAGGUAUACCAGGUUUCCAGUUCUCCCCCUUACUCCCCUGAUGUUCCCUAUCCUCCCCAAUGCAACGACGAACACGCAUUUUCUGAAUAAGACACAUGCAUUGCUCACCCAAUACAAACAAACAUCUCAACUGUGUCCCAACUGCAGAAGGGAAAACAGUCGACACUACCGUUAAUAACAUGAAUAUAACCACCCUGACACUCAUACGCUGUUAUGGAGCACAAAAUGUGAACUCUACCAAAUGUAUAAAGCGACUAAAGUGACUAAAAGCGGAAUUGUGUCGAACGAAUUGUAACCAUUCAUCCAUCCCUCCUUUUUCUUCUGUACCCUAUUGAUUACCUUUUAUUUGCAUAAAAAAAAUCAAUAAAACCUAAAAAUUGGAGAAAAAAAAACAAGGGUUAAUGGGUUUCUGGUACCAACUUGAGCAGUAUGCCUGUAUGGUGUGCAGCUUCACCCCCCAUCUCCUUGAAGUGUGGACACUGGCUGCAUGGUGAGAGGUGCUCUCGACCCGGGUGUGCUAGGAGUCCCUAAUUUCCCUGCAAUCCAAGGGUUUAUUCAGGAGAGAACUGAUAGAUACAGACAGCAGUCCCCUCCACCACCACACCACUUUAAUUUUGUCUGGCCUGUAUGAUUAUUGGUGGUAAUACCUGCCUGUUACUCGCGUCUAACAUUUGUACAACCGCAGGCUCCUUUAUAGAUAAACAGAGACCGAAGAUAUAUGCUAUACGCACACAUUUCCUCCUUAAUUGCCUUAAGCAGCUCCGUGUGGUUAAGGGUUAGUGUAAGUGUUAAUGUAGUGGUUAAGAGAAGUCCUUACUGUUAUAGCAGAUCCAGGAUAUACACACAUUCAUGUCUCAGUGCUGCCCAUGAUUCUUGGGAGUUGGAGUACGAGUGGUAACUAUUUCUGUUGCCGCCAUUGUAAAGGCAAAGAACAGGAAUUGUAACACUCAGAAAUCUUGGGCAUAACAGGACAUAUAUAACCCUUGAACUGCACAUUGGUGAACUGAGCAUUAUUACCUGUUCAUUACUCCCUUAAGUACACAACUUCUGGAAUAAAAGGGAAUCGUGACGGAAUAUUUCCGUCAUGUGUCCUUAAGGGGUUACUGGGAAUAAAGGCUUGUCUGAUUUCAUUAUCUGCGUAACAUGGGAUUCUAACACGUGACCUGCCUUUUGAAAUAACAGGCAGAUUGGUAUAUAUCCAGGAGGGGGCACAAUAUUAGGUCUUGCUCUUAGAUUAAAGAAAACAUUGUCAAGCUCUGAGCUAGCCCAGUGUAUAGCUGAACUGUUUUGUACAGAUAUUAGAUGGUGGCACUGUACAUGUACAUGACAGGUGCGCACACAUUGGGUAAUUACUAUGAGUGACCUGCUGUUAGUUGAUAAGACAUGAGCCCAUAGCCUCUGCCAAGUAUCUGUUAGAUCAAGCUUUCCAAUGUGCAGUCUGCCUCCCAGUCACUUUCAAACACUUUAUAAAGAUCUGCAGGAAACUGCGGGAACACAUCACAGUCAUUGUCCAUGUACGAUGAACGUCAGUGUCCUUUUAUUCCUCUGUCUCUCUCGGAUUCCAAUAAAGCCAACACGAUAACUGUUGCUUUUUUGUUGACGUUUAUUGGCAUUUUAAAUGGGGGUCAGCCAAACUGCAACCACAAACUGUUGAAAUAAAAAAUUUGUAAUAUUUGAUGACAAGCUUAAUAACCGGCAAUAGUCAUAACACAGCAGAUUGUUGUAACUGUAACAUAAUCUGCAAAUACACCCCCGUACUGAGUUAGAAGUUACUCAUAUGUCUGAUUAUUUUAUUUAUUUUUCGGGAUGUUCUUUGCAUUUCCUAAAAUUAUCCCGGUUGCCUGCUUUUCCUCCGUCUUGUGAUCUUUAAAAAGCCAUGCACCUUCAGAUUUGGAAGAGACGUGGACAUUGCAGCAGGUGACUACGAGGUCACAAUCCUUCCCGAUGAGACACUUGUGCUAUAUUUGUUCAGACUAAUCCCACGUGAAAUUAUCUCUGAAUCUCUGCCACUCUCAGACACAAUGCCAAACAGUGUUGUUUAGCUUGGAAAUUAAGAUUUGCUAUGUUUGUUGACUGUUACAUUUCAGAAAUCAAAGGGUUCAAUUGUUCUUCCCUUUGUAAUAUUUAUUUAGGUUUUUUCUUUCUCAAACACUUGGUGUCUGCUUUUGGCCCCAUAGCCUCAUAAUGUUUUACAUAUGCCACAACUUUUCCCUUUAGACUGUUCUGAUGCAUUCACAAAUUUACUGAGACAUCUCAUUUGUAGCCUACAUUAAUUUCAUGCUUACAUUGUUCUAGUGGAACAGGUCAGAGAGUGGACAGAGUUGCAGAUAUAUUGAAGAUAAUUUUUUUUUUUACUGGUUUCAGCUCUUGAGCAAGUAGAUAUACAGAGGUCCCAUUUAAGCCGAUGCUUCAGCUAGCAUCACCUGUGGUCUAUCUUGGUAGCGAAGCAGUGUAGAUUACGGAGGAUGUCAGGGGAGGCUGAAGUGCGAGCUGGACAUCUGUGGCUCAUUCUUGAAACCCAAUCCGGUACUGGAAGUAGUAAAUACCUCAUAUCUAGAAAACUAUGCAUUUCAUAUGCGUUUAAGGUGCCCAGUACAUGGCUGUGCACGACAGUCUUUCAACUAUUGCAGCAGAGCUUGUCUCGUUCUAUCCCUACGGACAUAGAAGAUAUGUUUUCUGACACCGCAUUCAUGGAAGCAAUGACUCAUGACUCACAUGUUAGGCUGUGUUCCCUGCGGUUAUUUGCUGACUAGUUUAAUUAGAAGACACACUGUACAGGUAGAUCCGUGUAUUCAUAGGGCUUACCUCCCUCCCCCUGUCUGCUGGUUCCUAUGAGGACAAUCAGUCCCACAAUACCAUCACCGUGCAUCCUCGAUUGUGGCGGUAUGGAUAGAAGUGUAAUUCUCAAGAUUUGUUUACAGCUCGUGUGAUUUUCUGAAUGGGAGCUUGUUAGUUUGAUACUUCAUAUGUAUUAUUCAGAAAAGUCGUAGAUCUGCCUUUAGGCCACUUCGACUACAUUUUUCUGUAAAGUUUAAAGUUCAACCUUGUUGCCUUUAGAUAGGUCAGGAGAAGCUGGCCACCUCUGGCGUAAACCAAUGUAGGAGUACCCCUUUCAUGGUACUUGGUUAGUAGAAAUGGGGGCAGAAUGAAUGCUAAAUCACACAUUUAUUUACUUUAUCUUUCAUAACAAACUGUGCUAGGAUGUUGUUGACUAUGGUCUUUUUUCUUUUUUCUUUUUUUUUUUUAGUGAGUGAGGAAAAGCCGCCCCCGAUGACAACAUCGUUGAAACGUAGUAUACAUCAAGUCCAAGAAGAGGAAGAUGAUUACCCAACCAGUUACUCCCCAAGGGACCCUUCAACUGGACCACCUCUGGUGCGCUUUUUCUAAGUUCUCAUAUCCAUACCUAGAAAUGGUCCAGAUUUGCCACAUAAGCUCGAUUUUUAACAGUUCAUUGCUUCAACACCAAGCAAUGCAUUAAUGCAGUGAUACCCAGCCCUGCUCAAUCAAACCCCUUUAUAGUCGGUCAAUAUCCACUUUAACAAUAAAAUCUGCCCAUAUAUAUGUAGAGCCACCUGACCUUAAGGCUUAUGGUGUCUGUGGGUGAAAAUCAGAACAAAUUUCUCUUAUUUACCUAACAUUGAUUUGUAGAUUGCCAAUCAUUUCAAGGAAUCCAUUCCUAAAAUAUUACUCCUAUACAAAAAAGAAUUGAAUUAUGGCAGACGUGUUUUUAGUAUAAUAGAUUUGUUUAAUGUUUGUGCUUGUUACUCUUGAUUAGUGUUGUGAAAAAGGCAUAAUUUUAUCCACAGUAAUGUCACAAUUCCAGCUCACUGUUCACUUCAGUUUAAAAAAAAAAACAUUUGCUUUGAUAUGUGGUUCAGAGUUUUUUUUUUCUUUGUUCCCCGUGUUUGACAUUGAUGCUAACGUGCGUCACAAGCAAAAGGCAUCCAUUUUUUAUUGAUUACUUUUCCCUUUCAUUUUACAGCACCAUUAAUCUGUCCGCUGUUUACUUAAACAUGUCCUGAAUGUUGCCUGGGAGUUGAAAAUAAUACAGUCUGCGCCAAAAUCAGCAGGAUCGAGCGCGUUAAUUAUUUCCCAAUUAAUCUCCAUGGAUAAAUAAAUUAAUCUCUGUUCCCGUUCUGUAUAUGGAGCUCUAAAGCCAAUCAGUCAUUUGUGUGUAGUUAUGUGCUAGCUCAGAGUUCCUUGUUAUAUACACAUCACACGUGCUUCUUUUCUGAGCAGACGGGAGAAGUGUAGAUAAUUCCUCCAUUAACACUCAAACACUGCAUGUUUUUGGCCUAACUGUAAACCUUAUAAAUGAUAAAUUUUUGGCUCAUUCAGCACAUUUUUAGUUUAAUUUACGACUCGUGUAAACAUUCUGAAGGGCCUACUCCGAUCCGCACGGUCUACUAGACAGACUGUCAUGUUCAGAGUUGGUUUGCAUUGAGAUAAAGCAGGAGGAUAGCGUAGGAGGGUUUCUGUAUCCAUCACUCCUGCUGGCCUGCCAGUUGUACCUCCCUGCUUCGUCUGCGGUCAGAUAAGCCCAGUCAUUGCUUGGAGAUAUGUCACAGAUGCUUCCUCUCACACAGGCAGAAUAAAUUUGUUUUGUUUUUUUUUACAUUUGCAAACCUGCAUAUUUUGGCAAAAUCUUAAAUCAUUACUUUCCAGGCACGUACAAGCAGAAUAGCUAGCAGCAUUGUAGAAGCUAAACUUACGUUUAAUAUACGGGGUUACUAUAGUAGUUGCUUAAUUAAAUUUCUCACCUACCUUAUAUACAGGGGAUACCUAAAGAUUGAUCUGUCAUUCAUCACAGAACUACAACUCUGUCAGAGCUUCAUGUGACUUGUAGCUCUGCGGGAACGGAGGAUCUGCCAUUUUGGCACUUGUGCUGAAUACCCUCUAUAGACAGAUCUAUUUAUAUAAACCAUCAAACACAUUUCCUAGGUAGGUUUGCAUGUAUAUAAUGUAGUCCAUUUUGAAUGGUUUCUACUGGCUGUUUAUUAUUGCACCGGGUCCAAGAGAAAACCAAGCAAAUGGUUUAUGUUGUAUAACGUGUUUCAGGUGUAUGCUAAACCUGUAAUAACCUGUGCUCCUUUUAUAGUGUUAUUUGUGCAAGUUCUGAUUCUUUCUUCUAGUCUUCCUGUGUAUAAAUCACUGUAACUGAGUCACUUUGCAUAAACUGCUGCAGCUGUAACCCCACCCAUCUACUUGUUGAUGUCACUGUGGGAAGCACUGGCCUGCUUGUACGAGUACUUGGAUUUGUACAGUAUGUGUGUGUACUCCAUACAAGUGACUUGCAUAAGGACUUUUCAGGGAUAUCGAUGAAAGAGCCUGUGCUCCAUCCACAAACAUGCACACGGCUUGUAUAGCUUCAUUUGUAAAAUAACAUGAAUGUAGCUCUACAACAAGUCUAGACUACUUAAACUGCCCAACUAAGCAGUUCACUAUUUGAUUCACUAUGUGAUUCACUAUUUUUUUCAACACAAUGCUGGGGCCAGGAUUGGCUCAAUAUAUACAGACACUUUCAGUCCCUAUUGAUUUGCAGCAAACACUAAAUCCCUAUGUGACCUGUUCUAGAGUAGUGAUUCUUAUCCCCUGGACCCAGACUGGAAUUUGUUGUGGUUCUUAUCCCCUGGACCCAGACUGGAAUUUGUUGUGGUUCUUAUCCCCUGGACCCAGACUGGAAUUUGUUGUGGUUCUUAUCCCCUUGGCCCAGACUGGAAUUUGUUGUGGUUCUUAUCCACUGGACCCAGACUGGAAUUUGUUGUGGUUCUUAUCCACUGGACCCAGACUGGAAUUUGUUGUGGUUCUUAUCCCCUGGACCCAGACUGGAACUUGGGUCUGCAGUGGUUGGUAGUGACACAUCAUUUUCAUGUCUGCUGUGCCAAGGUCCACAAGUUGCUUUGCAUUAGGAGCUUUACAUUCCCCAGUGCAAUACGAAACUCCUCUGACACCGAGAAGUCUGUCUAAGGUGUUUUUCUAGAUUCUUGGGGUAAUUAAAUUAGACGUAAGGAAGGUCACUGCUUCACAUUUGAAGAAUUGGUCGCCCAGCUAUUUCGAUGUUAUUCAUUUGUGUCCAUGCGUCACUGAUCUAAAAAUUAGAAGGAAAAAAACAAAAUGGAUGUUUUUGGGUUUUUUUGUAUGUUUUUAAUAUAAACAAUUAUUUCUCUGGGAAAGUUUCAGCAGGAUCCUCUGCUUGAUCUGAGACGUUAAGCUUUUUUUGCAAGGCUGUAGCUCCACCUCCGACCUAGUGAAUGAGCCAGUCUAGAAUCUGUUUCCAGGUUGACUGGCCGUUUUUGAUUAGGUUUUGCCAUGCACUGUCUGGGCGAUGCAUGCACAACUUGGUCUCUGAGCUCUUUCUCCUUCCAGCAGAAAAAGCCAAACCGCUGACUGUUAAUCCACGGUCUGUGGCUGUGUCGAUAGCAGGACAUAGCCCCAAAUCAUGUUUAAUAUUCCAGGCUAUGUACAAAUUUAUAGCUGCCGCAGUAUGGAGGAGAGCUGUUCUCGGGGAUAAACUGCUUAUCUUGUAAACUCCAGCUGUGCACCCCUGUGUUCUCAUAAGAUCAGUAACGGCAAUAUCAAUAAAAAAAAGAAACCACUGAAUAGUCAUAUUUCUAUAGUUGCACCCUAUACAAGCAGAAUGUCAAAUUAGAGCAAAUAUACAGCCAUAUAUUUUAUAUGAAACCUGGAACAUUGCAGAUGCAUACAAUCCAAAAAAGUAGGAAUUUCAAAUAGGAACAAAAAAAGAUUGCAGGAAAAGAAGAAGAAAAAUAAAUCAGGAAAAAAGAUUGAUUUGUAUGUUUUUAUUAAGAAUAUCUCACUGCCUUUUAAAAAGUGCCGUCAUCAAACAGGACUGAUAUACUGAUAUACACAGUUCUGUUUUAAGAUGUUUCCCUGUGCCAAGCAGGGUAUUACACGAACUGGGCUAGCGUAUAAUAAACUCGAUAUAUGUCCACUUUGUAGAAAUGGACCUGAACCAGAAAUCAUUUGAUUGUAUUUGGCACAAGCCUCCUGGCCAACUAUCAGAGUGAGCAGGCAGAGUCGCUGUAGCGUUUUGCACUGCGGUACUUUGGCACUUUCCCCUGUUUAUCUUAUGAGUUUAUAUCAAAGUUUGAUAAAAUUAGGAGCCAGGUGUCCAUAUAACUCCCUUAUGUACACACAAUUUUUAUUUUUUAGUAGCUGUAUGAAGAGUAUUUUUCAAAAUAGUUAAAUAUGGUAGGCAACAUGAUGUCUAUAUCUAUAUAUUUACUAUAGGAGGGCUAUAUUAGUAACUAACUUUUGUAAAGGUUUGGUGUAGAUUUUGCGGAACGGGUAGUGAGUGUUUCUGUUCUCUCCAGGUAGUGAAGUCUUUUGUUUCCAAACUACAUUUCCCAUGAUGCCUAACCAAUUUUAAGGCCGGCUGAGCAUCAUGGGAAUUAUAGUUUGGAAAAAUGUGCAGUAUUAAGAUUAGCCGACACAGCUCCGCGAUCCCAUCCAAUAGCACGGGAUGUAUUUGUGUGCAACAAAAAGGGAUCUGGCAUUUAGCGCGGCACUUUAGCAGGUAUAAAAGAUUCUCGAGAAAGAGCGCAUAAAGGGGACUUUGGGUAAAAUGAGAAAAGGUAAUAGAAGAGCUUUUAUGGUGCUUGCAUUGAAGUGGAAGGUGGCAGGCUGCCAAGUAGAAGCGCCGAUGUCGACAUUGGAGAUUACAGUAUGCGUUAAGGGAACUUCGAGCCAAGAUGCAGUUUGGUAUGAGGUUUAGAGAGCAUCCUUGUUUGAAGAGAUUCCUUUUGAUAGUUGAAUUUGUUAGAUUGCUGUGUGUAUAUAAAAUGUUUGUGUGUGUAUUGACAUACAGUGGCUUGUUGCCCAACAGGAAACCUGACAUUUGAAAGCCAUUGGGCUGAGAGUCUUAAUCAGUUUCUCCAAGUAAUUCACAGUAAAAAAAAAAACCAGAACAAGUAUGUUCCAUCCACCUAGAGAGAGUACCUUCCAGGAUACGUGUAAUAAAAAAAGCAGUGCCGUGGUAUGAAGGAUUUAUCCAAGGUCAGAACAGUGGCACCGUUAAAGUUCUAUGGAGUCAUUUAUUCAACUGCAUUUAGCUUGUUCUAUUGUUUUUGUUGUUGUUCUUUUGUUUUGUUUUUUAUAUCGGUUCCUCCAUAACAAAAUACAAGUUUUUAUUCUGUAGUGGUAGUCGGGGUCAGUGAGCUUUUUGCCCUCCAUCCGGAUUAAAACUCCCCAUCAGCACAGCCAGGUUGUAUUGCAGCAGAUGAGUAUGAUGAAAGCAGCACAUUGCUCAGCCAUGGUUAGCGAUUCUCGGAGCUGCUGUAAUCUUUUUUUCACUGAAAUGGUUAAUGAAGGAUUGGGGCAGAUAUAAAUUUCUCUGGGACGCUUUCCGCACCGUCAGGUGCAGGCAGAUGCCUACGUGCACGGAUAAUGAUGAUUUGUGUUAUACUGAGACUAAUAUAGGAAGAUUAAUCGUCUUGUCACCGGCUGUAUCGAGGAGGUGAGAUAGAAAUGUGCAAGUCCUGUUUUGAACAUCAUCCAGGUCGAUCAAUUAGCCUUUCUCUGUAUGAAUGCAAACAUAUUUAGCUGUCACUUCUCCUAUCCUGUAGCACCCUGCUGUCCAGCUGUGGCCCCCAUGCUGUUCGAUGGUCUUUGCAUUUAGCUGCUAGUGUACUCCCCCAGCCCUUGAACUUGGUUUCAUUCUCUCCUUGCAAAUUGGUACUCUAUGCACAUUUGCAUCCAUUUAUUUUUGUUAGCGAGCAUUUUUUUUAUGUUGGGCGUUUUCUCCCCCUCUAGUUUCAAAAUAAAUUCCAUUUAUAAUGUAAACAGAGGUCUGUCUGCGUGAACAAAUAUUUACUCAGCGACAAUCCAGAGCAGUAGAUAAAUAAUCGGCACACAAAAAGUAAACUGAGCAAAAAUAAUAAAUGACAUACUUUACAAACUAAAUUAAUAAUAAACACCUCCCGUUCUCACCCAUAAUUGGUUUGUACAAGUCUCUAAUAUUAUCCAGGACUUUCCGUGAUCGCAGAUAGGAGAGACUGAGGCAGGGAGUGUGCAGGUUUAUGUCUACCUACCCGUAUGACAUCUUUAGAGGGAUUGAAGUAUUUCAUUUCACAGACAUAUUAUAUAAGAGGUGCACCUACGUAGUCUGAAACUAAAAAUCACUUGUACUGUUGCACAAUGUAGUAUGUCAUCACACCCUCCGACUCCAGUGCCGGAUGUAUAUCAUCUGGUUGCUAGAACUGGAACUGUGACCUCUGUCCACUACAGGUGGGAAUGUUCCACCCAGUUGUUGAUUGUGUCUCUCUCUCCUCACUCACCCACAUAGGCUGAUGAUCUUAUUAAAGCUCUACAAGACCUCGAAAAUGCGGCAUCGGGUGAUGCGGCUGUGAGGCAGAAAAUUGCAUCCCUCCCUCAAGAGGUCCAAGAUGUGUCUUUGCUGGAAAAGAUUACAGGUAGGUGCCAAGAGAAAUGUGGUGGAUACCACAAGUUUAGAAACUUUAAUGGUCAUGAUCUUCUCAAGGUCUUAUCUAGAAAAACUUGAUUUUCACUUUGUGAGAUAUUCCAAAAUUGUCCUGUUUUUAUUACUAAAUUAUCUGUUUUUGUCAGUUAUUCUCAAAUCAUUUAGUGAGCUAUGGCCAAUGAGCAUGUUUGCCGGGAAUUCCUAUAUAAAUAUUCUCCUGUUCAUGUGCGUCUCAUUUCAGACAAAGAGGCAGCAGAGCGGCUAUCGAAGACUGUGGACGAGGCUUGUCUAUUGUUGGCAGAGUACAAUGGGCGCCUGGCGGCAGAGUUAGACGACCGGCGACAGCUAGCAAAGAUGCUGUUGGAAUAUACGCAGACUCAGAACGAAGCUUUAACAAGCAAGGAGAAAAAGCUAGAGGUAAAGACCAGAUCUUACCGAAUGUGUACAUUCAAGAAUGUAGUGCUCUUCAUCACCUAUCAUUGAUUUUAGGAGCUUAUGAUAAGAUUUAAUGGUCAAUAUUUGGACAUAGAAUGGCAUUUACUGGGAAGAAGAGCAGAUACAAAGCUGUGCUUCUCCUGGAUCAAAAUAGAUGAACAACCCUCUAUAAUGCAUUUAUCCUGUUGUCAUUGUUUUAUAGAACAACAGCAGGGAGGAACUGAACACUGCUAAGUUCAGCUGAAAAUCCAUGCACAGUGCCAUCAAGGCUUGUCAUAGAGUCAUUGCAUUCAGUGAUUUUCUGUGACAGAAUCAUUGGCGGAUCGAGGUCUUGCCUGGGAGUGGAUGUUCAGAAUUGUGAUGUCCUGCCUUGGGGUGGAUGUGUAGUGUAUUGACCUCCUGUCAAGGUACCACCAGAGGAUACAGGUAGUUCUCCUCUAAUGUAUCCUCUCGAGCAUAGGGCCUUUUUAGGCCCUUUAAUGCAAUGAGGACUUUCCUAACCUGGAUCUGCCACAGAUCAAUGCCCCUUACUGGACUGCAUGAUGGCUCCCCUUCUGCUUGUGCCACGUAGCACUGGGAGGAUAAUGGCGUGUUACAUACACACAUACUUUCCCAUAAUCCCAUGUACAUUUUGCUUGCUGGUUUUUUUUUUUUGUGUGUUCCCACUAUUGGCCAAGCUUCCGCAUUUAUUGCAUUCCACUCAUGUUUUGUACUGUGGGUCAUUGCACUAACUGAGUUUCCCUACAGUGCUGCGAGUUUGCUGGAUUAUAAGUUGUAUUCUUCUGCACGUGGAAAUCGUGCAUUCUCACUUCCAGCCCAUCUCUGACAGCGAUGGCCCCUUAUACACUAUGCUGCCACACAGCUCGAUAGGUCUGGGAUUUUUCUCUAGAACGUCCUGAUUUUAUCAUGGAAUGUGUUGUUUUCAGCUCCCGGUGGGACACAGCCUCUCUGACAUGACAGAUGGUGGGAAAAUGAACAGAAUAAAUGGAAGUGGGAGGAUUUGGGGGUUUUCCAAUUGAUAUGACUAUUAAAGAAAAUAUUGCAAAUAUCACUAUGACCUUAUUAACGCCUUUAAAGCUCCACAGAAUCAUAUUGAUCAGGUUUGUUUGUGUGUGUGUGUGUGUGUGUUUAUAUGUAUUUUUUAUUUUUUGCAUUUAAAUCCCUGACAACAUGGCGGAUGACACCAUCUGUGCCUUUUUCCCCAUAAUGCACAGUUUAGCAAGGUCCCUAAACUGAAAGCAGUGCCAGGACUUACAUGUCCCCUUAAUAUAUUUGGGACAAACCUUUGCACUAAAGGCUGGGUGACUGAGUGUCAUAAAAAAUAUAGGUUCAAAAUCGUCAGCGGCUGUCCUAACCUUGCGUGACAUCACAUAUUUAAUAAUUCGAUCCAGAGAAUAACUUGUGAGGGUUAUUCACUAAAAUGAGAAUUCAAAGUUAAGGCCAAAAUAGCUGAAUUGGAAAUGGCUCGGCUUUCUGUAGGUCUUUGGGCAUGUUUUUUAUCUCCCUUGUGUCUGUGACCAUAGAAUGUUGGGAAUACCAUGAAAUAACCUUGAUGGUCUCAAUAGUACUCAAUGCUAGCCACAGGCAGUGUAUUGUCUUGCAUGCAUGGCUGAUGCCAUGAUGAAUCCCUUAAGGUCUCUUACCUCACCUAGGGUGGGUAGUAGCAGGUACUGUAAGGUUUUAGCAGGAGGAGCCCAAAAUGCAGCAUGUAGUUGGAAAAAUUCACCAGUUGAAGUCCAAAUAGGGAAUGAGCAGAGAUGAAGUCAGUAUAGCCAAAGGUCAGCACAGGUUCACAAACGAUAAAACAAGCAAAGAUACCAGGUAAUUAAAUAAUACAGAAUAGGCACAAUGAAGUGAACACCACAGUAUGCACAGUAUAACUGAACGAAGAGGGCUAGGAGACAGACUGUUAUAUAUGUGAGUAGGGAUACACCCCCGCACGUCAUCCCUGGGUUCCUGACACCCUACUUUAUGUUCCACUCUCUGCCCCUUUAAGAGAGUGCCUCCCAGCACGUGCGCCUAAGAAGGCUGGAUCCUGCAGAAACUUAGCCCACCGACCUCACCGAACUGCAGGGAAGCCCUUCUCUGCCCAUUCGCAGGCUGUGAGGCACUUCCUUUAAAGCAGGGAAGUAGGCUCUCUACCAAUUCAAGGUAUCAAAUUGGUCCGCCCAAAUCCCUUCAGAGACGCGUGCCAGAUCGGCAUCUCUGCGAGGAGAGAGGGAGAUGCGAUGUGGGAGAACGAGGUAUAAGUUGGGGGAAGCGUGGGGACCCAACAGGUACUGUACUACAUUUUAUAUGUGGCUGAUGCCAUGGAUGAAUCCCUGAAGGUAUCAUAAGUUGUCUAUGGUAACAGCAGGGAAUGUACUGUUUGCUCUGAGCCCAGUAGAAUUGAGUAGCCUGGUGGCAAAACAUGUUACGUGGACCACGUGAUUGGACAUUAAGCCACACACGUGUCAAAACUUGCACAUCCAGGUAACUCCAAUCAGGAAUAAUUUUCCAUAUCUGCCUUUUUGGCUUUUUGGCUUUUUGCAACACUGGUCAAUUCAGCCCAACCAAAUUGUGAAUAAACCAACUCCACCCAAUCUAGCUUCUUCCUACAGCUAUCCUGUCAUAUCAUGCCAUCAAACAUUGAAACUACCCCCCAUCCAAUCAUCCCCUGUUUAAAUGCAAUUCAGUACACCAUAGCCUAAACUCCCCAUUGAGUACAUUUUCUUACUCCAAGUAUCAGUUUAUAUUUCUAUCUGACAGCACUGUUAGUUGUAUACUGAUCUUGCACACAGCCCUCUUACAUGCAGAGUGAUGGUGUACAUGACAUUCACGCAGGGAAUAUUUAAGUAAAUAGCACAGUUUUCAGGUCUCAUUUAAUUAAUCCUUUUAUGUAUCCAAUGCUGAAAAAAACAAGUUAUUUGUGACCGGGGAGUCUACAUUCUGACCAAGUUUAAUAUUUCAGGAAUCUGACCUUUCCUGCGCUCCCAGUACUGCACAAGGUUGGUUUUAAUAGGAAAAUUAGUCACUUCCUUAAUCCAAAUUAAUGGGCUUGAUUAUGAAAUGUAUCGAAAUCCCAGAUGUUCAUUCAUGAUAAUUAUUUUGGCUUUUUCUACUCCAGAAGAGGUGAAAGGUGUUGGGAAGCGAUGAGGAAUAAAUUCCAUUUGUAAAACUUUUGGAUGAUAGUUCAUUCGCAAGAUUUCUCAGUGGUAUCUGGAUAUAUUAUGGGGGUGUCUGUCUACGACUUUUCAAUUUCUCUAAGACUACAACUAUAGAAUUCAUAGGAGUUGUUGUAUAACAGAGCAUGGAGACAUUGGACUUUAGUGCAGUGCAGCACUGACCCAGGAAGCACCUCUAGUGGCAAUCUGAGGGACUGCCACUAGAGGUGUUUCUAGGCAACUAUGUGAACACUGCUUUUUCUCUGGAAAGGCAGUGCUUACAUAAAAAUGCCUGCAUAGACAGGCUACAGACAUUAAGCUGUAGUUGUUCUGGUGACUAUAGUGUCUUUUUAACUAUUUUGGCUCAUGCAGUGAUUUCUGGUGGCAUUUUCUAUUUAAGGAUUGCUUUACAUGGAAGACCAAUCAAACCGAAAUGUAAUGUAAAAUUGCAGAGCUAUUAAUUAUGUUCCACUUUUUUUUUUUCUUUCUCCCUUUUUCCUCAUUCCUGCAGGAAUACAAACAGAAGCUUGCACGUGUAACGCAAGUCCGAAAAGAGCUGAAAUCCCACAUACAGAGCCUUCCGGACCUUUCGCUACUUCCCAAUGUCACAGGGGGGCUGGCGCCACUUCCUUCAGCGGGAGACCUGUUCUCUACUGACUAAGAUCAAUCCCAGUCUUCCCACCUGGGCCUUUCCUUGCUCUCCCCACAUGUUCAGUAAACACCAGCAUCGUAGAGGACAUGGAGGAGAGCUCAAAGAGACUGGAAGCCUAUCCUGCUAUGUGAUUUGCGUGGUCCUGCUCCUAAACCAUCUUAGCGGAGUAGCAACUGCUGUCACCUUUUGUCCCUUUCUCUUCCAUGUAGUGGAAAAAGUCUUCAACCCGUUAUGACUACAGCCUUGCUAGGCUACCACCAUCUAUGUUGAUCCCAAUGUUUUUUGCUUUUUUUUUUCUCCUCAUUUUAUUUUUUUAGAGACUUGUUUAUGGAGUGCACUCAGAUUAUGUUUCUGUAUCCGCUUUCUGGCAGCUUUGAAUAGCCUUUUUCUGUUCUUUAGAAGAGAUGAUGCAGAAAUGAUACAAAAUACACAAUAUAAUGUGUGCAGUUUAAGAACAAUAGUGAAGUUGUGUCUAUUUAAAAACCAAAAAAACAGUUACAACUUUCUGAUCACUCUUUUUGGAUUUAAAAGUGCACCUAUAGGGGUGAUCUAGAACCAAAGUUUACAUUAGAGACAAUAAUAAGAGAAAGUUGUACUUUAGAAAGUACUUCGGCGUCCCGGUUUAGUUUGGUGCCAGACGAAGAAUUAUGGGAAUAUCGAUGCUUAGUUUACAAUCUCUGUGAGAGUGUUCCUUUUUGUCUAUUCUAUACUCCUUUUUGUAUGAAGCAAGCCGAUCCCUUGAUUGGUACAAGAAUCACCUUUACCAAUAUAUUUUUGGCCCCUUAAUGAAGGACUUAAUUAGUGAGAAUAAAAAAAAGAACUAAAACUAAAUUAGAUAAUUUACCACCUGAGUUUAACAUAAAAAGAGAUUGAAAUAUGAACUCGCCUAGAAAGAUGAAAUGGUAUUAAUUAGAAAAUAGUAAAAGUUUAUUAAAAAUGAUUGAAAAACAGACAGUAUUUGAAAAUGUUAACACGUUAAUCUGUUUCACCAUUGAGCAGAAAUAAUACAGUGUGGUUUAUAUUCGAUUAAAGGGACGCUCCAAGCACCAGUACAACUUUAACGCAUUUGAUAGUUUUGGCCUUAUUCAAAGAUUACGCCAACCAAAAACCAACAGUGCUGUGCAUUGGAGUAACCCUUCCUAGCCUGCGCCACCCUCCACUGGAAAAAAAAAAAAAACACUAAAACUCUCCUCGAUCCAGCAAUAAGGUCACGUUCUAGCAUCCACCUGAUCUUCAUCUCCCUGAUCCCCACCCCUUAACCUCGCUGGAAGGGGAGGGAAUCAGGGAGCGCGGACUGAAUGGGGUACAGGGGUCAUGGGCUGUUUGCUGCCGCCAUGCUGGUAACAGACUGCAAUUUUGCCCAGCGUUAUUAGUCAAAUAUCCGACAGGGGUGGAGUUACAAAUCUAGCUGCAGAGGUGUUAAUCUUUGUACAUGCAGCAUUUCAAAACAAUACACUGACUGCAGGCACCAUGACCACUUCAAAUCACUGAAUGUGAUUGUAGCACAGCUCAGUACUCAGGCUGCUUGACAGACACUUGACAACACAUAGUACCGGGGACAAGAACUGACUUUAUUGCAGCUGUGCAGAGGUAUUUUAUACUCACGUAGGGUCAUUUGCAUACAGUAGGGUAAUUAACCAUCUAUACAUUUCCCCAUCAAGUCUUCUUCCCAUAAUUACUUUUAAAAAAACAACCCUUAUCGUGCAGCAUUCUACACAACUUUUUAUAAAUGUAUUUAUUUGUGCAUAACUAAAGGUUUGCGCAUGUAAAAAUACAGCUUUUUAAUGAGGCCAAAACCUAUUAAAUGCAUGAAACUUAUGUUGGUGCUUGGAGUGUCCUUUUAACUCUGUCACCCAUAACCUAAAAAAUGUCUAUUACCUGCAGGAUACAGCAUUUAUAUGUUGGUCUGUGGAUAAGUGGUUAAUUUCCCAUAGAAAUCAUCACUAUCCAUGUAGCUCCUUACAGCACAUAGGUAAUUGGGCGGUCUUAUAAACAAAUAACUAAUUUGAAAUCCUUCUCCAAUAAUUAUACACGAAAGUUGAAGUUAACUUGUUUUACUAUGAAAAGAGUAAGACUGAUGGUCGGAUUUUGUGUUUUUUUGUUUGUUUUUUUUAAACUGUUUAUACAAAUGUUGAAUAUUUUGGAUUUUUCUCUUCGUUUUAACUGAGUGUUUGCCUGUUUCUGUGCAGCUUGAUUUUUAGUAAGGUUUUGUCAUAAUGCAAUAGGUAAACACAUUCCAGAGCUUACACAAAGACCACAUUAUAGAAGACAAAUCUUUCCUUAAUCAAACUUGCAGGUCGCUAGCAAACAUUAACCAAUCCCCCCUACAAUGAGAAACUUGAACACUGCUGACUUAAUCACCAUGUGGGGUUUACUUACACUCAACAAUUGUUACUCCAAGCUCUGUUUUAAAGAGCGGAUUCUACAGGUCACGUGGUCCUGUUUGGAGGCAGCUUCUCCUGGAACUAGGAAGUGGCUGAACUUUUUAACUUUACCCUAAACGAGUGUGUCAGAUCCACCUACUCACUGCGGUCCUGUGGGAUAUGUAAUAGAGCAGUCUGCAAUCGUAAUUUUUUUUCAAUUCCUGGUUUUGUUUUUAGGAGUGAUAGCAGCCAAACUGUGGUCUGCAUGCCAAACCAAAUAUCUUUAUUCAUGCUUUUUCAUGAAUGUUCCCUUCAUCACACCAUACAUGGGUGCAUUUACAGGCCAUCUGGUGGAAAUUUGAGACCCUGUUAAAGUAGUGGGGCUUCCCUUCUGCUAUAAAUGAGAUGUGGUGGACUUGUAGCUGCUGCUGUAUUUGCAAAUUCCUGCAACCACAAGUAAAAUAUUCAGAGGCUACAUGCACAGUGUAUGGAUGUCAAGAGGACAUGUGGUUAUGGUGCUUGGAUUGUCAUUUUAACUUGUAUCAGAAUAGUGUGCUGGGAGAGACAUACCCAUUCUUUUAGUUAACACAAUAGGAGAGCUGAAGGGUAGAAACCUUUUAGGUAGGUCAUGAAGGAUUAAUAUUUGGGAGCAUCCAUACUUAUUCGUACUGGGACAACAACAUUAAAUUGCACAGUGUAUGACUGUGUACAUACCUACCUCGUGCACUAAUGUUUAAAGGGACUGUGUGCCAUGAAAGCAUUCUUGAGCAUACUGCAAACUAUACUGGGACAUUACAUAUUGGGACUAUACACACAGUUUUGUGUGGAUGGGAGGGUUUAUAGAAAUCUACUUUAACAUAUCUUCUUACCCAUACAUUUUAUAAUAAUAAAAAAAAAAUCAUAUCCACUUUAAAUUGUUUUUGUCACAUCUGCAUUUAACUGCCGUAGACAGUGGAAGCCUAAUUAUGUAUGCACCUACCCUCUGUCUGAUCCCUUAUCCUGUUUUCUAUCCAGAUGCAGCAGUGAGAUCCAAAUAGCCUAAACUCACUCUCCCGGCGCAAGUAUAAAAACAACUUUCAAAAUAUGGUAGGUGAGCAGGUUGUGUAUACAGGAAAGAGCUGCCAUGUGUUUAGGAUAAAGAUCCAUUAGUGCUCUCUACCAAUUUAGUUUCUGCUGAGCCAGAUGAAUUAAACUGCUUUCAUCCUCCGUGUAGCGAUGAUGGGCAUUAUUCACAGCACGUUGUCCUCAAACUCCUGCCCAUAUCUUUCAGUAUUCCUUAGUGUUCCGAUUCAUAAAACUCCCCCAGUUAGGCUAUAAAAAAUAAAUAAAAUUGAGAUUUUCCAGGCACAGGCCCAAUUUGUCUUACUUCCAGUGCUUUAAGUGCUUUGUAGUUUAAAAUGUCAAAAUCCACAUUCUGUAUUUCAGGCCCCCUUUUCGAUUUAACUCCAUCCAGGAACAACCAAGCUGUUACAUUCCCUUGAUGGGUUAAUAGAGAACUGUUAAUCCUUUAAAGUCAAAUUAUCUAUGCCGGCAUAACCUGUGCUUUAAGGAUUCUUUUCCAGAAUGGCCGGUUUUACUUAACUUGGAAACAGCAGGACUGUCUAUAGCCGCCAAUGUUAAAUAAGCAGGAAAUUCCAGGCUAGCUUGGCGUAAGGUAUUUAGGGACUAGAUUGUGAUGACAAUGAAAAAGCUAUUAUACCUUAAGCAGUUAAUGUGGACUUGCCUGUGCUCUAAUAAAAGGGAAUAAGUCAAUGCAAGCAAAUGUUGAAAGAAGAAAACAUUGGUUGGAAGUAUUGUCCUUCCUCACCACCAAAUUAGUUGUCCACAGAGAUCGCUAUGCCAUCAAUUGAGAAACUGGAGAAAGCUCCUAGACUUGUGGGCGUGCUGUAGUUGCUGUGAUUAUUUCUUUACACUUGCUAUUGUACAGGAAUGUCAUUCCACUCUGACACCAAUGUGCUGGCUUACAUCAAGGGAGAGGAAUGCUGGCGUGAGGAGUUGGACGACAAAGGUGGAUGUUACAGUAGUGCUAGAGAAAGUCAAUACAGAUUUCUCACUCUGGGUCAAGUUCCGCUGUCCACCUCUUUUGCGGUCAUCCGAUGUUCACCUAACGGAAAUGCGCGGCAAGUGCUGCAUGCUUAAAACACUUGGAAUUGCUUCGAUGCUGUCCUGUGGGUUUUCUCUGAUGCUGGACAUCCUUGUGCAGAGCGUGAGUCUGUCCAGCAUCGUUUCAUGGAGACAAACUGUGAAACUCCAUGGAAGCGCCUCUAGUGACUAUCUGGUAGACGGCCACUAGAGGGAUAGGGACAGUGCACCCAGACUACUUCAAUGAAAUUAAUUGUACUGAGUGCCUACAGUGUUCAUUUAGGCAGAGCCUGUCUACUACUAAACAUAUAGGAUAUGUCUUGCAGGCAAAGAUUCUAUACUAGCAGUAUUAUUAUUAUCAUUUAUAUAGCGCCAACAGAUUCCGUAGCACUUUACAAUAUUUUGAGAGGGGGGGAUGUAACAAUAAAUAGGACAAUUACAAGAAAACCUACAGGAACAAUAGGUUGAAGAGGACCCUGCUCAAAUGAGCUUACAGCCUAUAGGAGGUGGGGUAUUAGAAACAUUAGGACAAGAAAUAUCAAGUAGGAGUGAAGCAGAGCUGGAGGAGAGAGUAAAGCACUGUCCCAUAGGAGAGAGCAGGAGACAGGUAUGUAAGGUAGAGAUUACUCUGGGAGGCCAUAAGCUUUCCUGAAG